UAAGUGACGAAACCCUCGUCAUAUGAAAGCGGUUCUUAUUUUUUUUCAAUUUUUCUUUAUUUUGAAAUGACUGUUUCUGUAACAUGAAAAUUCAUGUUUGUUUAGGGAUCCUGUUAUUGAUUCUGCGUGUGGAGUUUGCAAAUGGAUGUGAAAGUGGUGGAUCUAUAACAGUGAGCGCAGGACAGACAUGUACAAUCAGUAGUUCGACAACAGUUGAUUCUAUCCAAGUAGACGGAACUUUAGUUAUAACAGGAAAUCCAUCAGAUAGCAAUGUUACUGUUCGAAUAAAAGCCACAAGUAUAACUGUAUCUGAGAAUGGAAUAAUUACAGCUGACGGAAAAGGAUUUCCCGCCCAAAGUGGACCUGGAGCGGGUACUUCCACUGGAUCUGGAGGUUCUUAUGGAGGAAGAGGUGGAACUCCCAGUGGAUCGUAUCUUGAUGCUGAAGAGGCAAUGCCAUAUGGUGACACAAAAUUGCCAACUUACUAUGGCAGUGGAGGUGGUUCGUCCUGUGGUGGAAGCGGAGGAGGUAUAAUCGUCCUCAAGGCAGCUGACUUUAUACAGAUUGAUGGUAAAGUGUCCGCUAGUGGCAACGACGGAGGAAGUGGAUGCGGCGGUGGUAGUGGAGGGAGCAUAUACUUGCAAACUGUGGAUAUGAGAGGAACAGGAUUGAUUUAUGCCAGAGGUGGAGAUGGAUAUGGGUCAGGUGGGGGAGGCUCUGGUGGCAGAAUUUCUAUUGUUCAUACAAACGAGAAGACGUUUACGGGUAAAAUAUUAGCAGACGGCGGUUUAAUAGAUGGCAUGUCGUCAAUAUUAGAUCUUACAAUGUCUGCUACUUCUUACUCGAGCUACUCUGCACCAUAUGGUGAGAUAGGCUACCAUAGUUCUAGAUCCUGGAGAGCAAGAGAUCAAAACACAAAUCAGUAUCUAGAGGCAUCCUUCACUGCCAACAUGGUCACAUCUUUUACUACAAAGGGAGAUCCUAGUUCUGGUUACUAUGUGAAGACGUACAAAGUUCAAUUUUACAACGAAUCUACAUCUUCAUGGGAAUUUCUACCAUAUCCAUCAAGCGGUCUUUUCACUGGAAAUACAAACAGUGGAAGUGAAGUUACGCACAACCUUGAGUUUCCCGUUUACGCCUCAAAGUUACGAUUCUAUCCACAAACCUGGCACUCUAGGAUUGGCAUGGCAGUUAAAGUAUAUGGAUACACAUACUCCUAUGCUCCUGAAGAAGAUAUUCCACCAAACAGCUGUAGCAGUUUGACAUCUGCAGGACCAGGUGGACCUGGAACUAUCUACCUAACCCAAGAUGGAGACAAUGGAGUAUUGGAAAUAGACAACAGAGGAAAAGAUCCCAAAAUUGCCAAAAAUGAUCUGUGUAAUGAAUUUGAUGUGGAAACUUCAGGUGGUGCAGCUUGGAUGUUUGAAUCUAAUAGCUUUGACAAGAUCAUUUUGUCCUAUGGAAGUCAUCUUGUUUUGUCAAAUGAUGUUGUUGUAUCCCAGUGUGAAGCAGAUGACAACUCUGUGUUGUAUUUACUGACAAACUACACCUUACAACUGGAGAAUACCUUGAUGACCAAUGCCUUUAUCCAACCCAAUGCCAUGUUUGUCACUGACACGGGAAACACCCUUUAUAUAGAAAAAUGGCUGUAUGUGUUAGGAAACAUUUCCUAUGGCAUAAAAGAUGAAAUAAUCAUCAAUGGAAAUCUAACAAUUGAAGUUCAGGAAAUUAACACGCCAUCAUUAAAAAUUGGAGAAGAUGCAGCCAUGCAUGUUGUUGGUGAUUACAUCUUCCCACUUAAUACUACCAAAUUCAGUAUCUUUGGAGACUUUGUAUCUGGAGUCAUCAACAUAACAAGUAUUGAAGGGUUCAUUGUGGGUGAGAAGGGAGUUGUAAGAAUGGAUCCAGUAGACACAAAUAUGAAUCUUGGUUAUACUUUUGAUAAUCAGGGAGAGGUCUAUUUAGAGAAAGCCAUUUCUAUUGUCAAUCCAUGUGAGAAGUUUUCUGUUGAUGGUGGAGGGAAGCUGAUAUGGCCUGGGGAAGCCAAUAUAACAAUAGAAUGUAAUGAAGUUGUAAUAAAUGGAGAAUUUAAACCAGGAACCAUCAGUUGGGGAGAAGGUGCUCUAACUCUUAAAAUUGGUGAAUCAGCAGAUUUUGAAUUUACAGCCAAUGGACCAGUUUUGACCAACUCAUUUUGGGCUUCAGGGACUACAAAGAUAAAAAACCUUGUUGAAUUCAAAUCACUAAAUGCAACUGAUGAGAGAAUUGCUACAUUUUAUUUGGAUACAGGUGGAAAGUUGUACCUCAAUACUCAGUCUGAACCAAUGCAAAUUAAUAGCGUUGAGGUGAAUACAACAUACAGUAGCAUCAGGGCACAGUACAUGAUUAUUAAUGGGUAUUUGGAGGCAGGCUUACUGAGCACGGACUCUGGUAACAGACUUAUAUCAGUCGGCAAUGAGGGAACCUUCCUACUUACAGCUCAAGAUAACAUGCAUAUUCAUGAACUUGAAGUUUUUGGUCAGAUGGAUGUUUUUAAUUCAGUUAUAUUCCGAGGAAAAGACAUUGAGAAAAUGGAAAAGUUGACCAUUGGGGAGAGUGGAUCACUUACCCUAGAUUACAAUGCUCAGUCAUCAAAGGUAUGGACUGGGAUGUCUGAAAUUCCAUUACAUUAUGCCUACAUUAAUGGUCAGUUUAAAGCUGGGAACAUGAUUAAUCAUUAUAACGGCACAGAAAACGAAGGGUGGAAUUACAUGUAUCUACAUAAUGUUUCAUCAACAUUAGAGUUUGAAACAGCUGAUCCUUUCUACAUUGACACAGCAGAUAUAAAUGGGACAUUUACAUCAUACAAACCAAUAGCCAUUAGAGCUUUCACACCAGAAAAUCCAUUAAACAUAUUUGUUGGAUGGGCAGGUCAUGUUACCUUCGAUUCCCAAGCAUCUCAUCCACUUGGGCCAUUUACCUCCAACUCAUCUAUUUAUGGUGUUCGAUGGGUAACUGAUGAAUCAAGCAACUUUGAAGCAGGUAAUACACAUUUUGUCCUUGACAACCUUGAAGUUGGUGGGACAUUGACAGCACGACCGGAAUCAACAGUACAGGUCAAGAAUUUUGUCGUAACUAGCUCAGGUUACAUCAACGUUACAACUCCUGUUGAUAUUGUAGGAGAAGUUCUGGACAAUGCUGGACUGUUUGAUAUUGAUUAUAGAAGAUGGCCAGAGAAUACAGAUGAGGGAAAUGAAAAUACCAAUAUCCACAUGGAAACAUCUGUCACUGUAUCUGGUACCCUGCAAGCUGGUUCUCUGUACAUUGAGACAGGUGACAUGACAGUGUCAGGAAAAGUUGAUGUUAAUGGAGGUGGUUACUUAACAGAUAAAGGACCAGGUGCCGGUGUAACUCACUCCAAUGGUGCCAGUGGUGGAAGUUAUGGUGGUCGUGGAGGGAAGGGAUAUUCAGCAUCAGCCGUAAUGUCCUAUGGCAGUAUAUACACAGUAGGGACCUGGGGCAGUGGUGGGGGUAGCUCCAGUGGUUAUCGUGGUGGUCGUGGUGGGGGAUGGCUCCAUGUAGAAACUACCAACUUUACAAUGUCUGGAAAUGUUUAUGCAAAUGGUGAUAAUUCUGUGGGUCAUCAUGCAGCAGGAGGAAGUGGUGGCUCCAUCUAUGUAAAUUGUGAUGACCUUGACAUGACAGGCUUCAUGUACAGUAAAGGUGGCAGUGGAACAAACAAUGGUGGAGGUGGAGCAGGAGGAAGAGUUAAUGUUUUCUUCAAAUCUGGAUUUUAUGAAAGCGGACAUGUCACUGCUAAUGGUGGAUCUGGUCGAGAGCCUGGAGGACCUGGUAUAAUGUACUUUCAUGGUGACCACAGUCGUGGUCUUCGUGUUGACAACAAAUGUCAGAGUCCUACUGUAACAGAACCAUCAGGAACAUCAGCUGACAUUGAUGACUUCAAUAAUUAUAUUUCUACAGGUGCCAUUGCUUUUCUGUUACCAACAACAGAUGGUUUUGUAUAUGACUUCACAAUGAUAGAGAUCUAUGGUGGAGCUCACUUAACUAUGAAUGGUACAAACAUACAUGUGAAAUCCACCCGAGUUGUUGGUGAUGAUACUGGACAUUUUCACAUCCCUCCUCAACACAUACUAGAACUAAUAGAGGUAAAUGAAUAUGGUAGAGCUAAUGUGACUUAUCACCCUUACAUUUAUGAAGGAGCAACAUGGAUUUUACCAGAUGCCACCCUGGAGUUCAGGGAAUCACUUGACGAAAGAGGCAAAGGAAUAAGUUCAACUGCAUGUACCUCUGGUUUCCUAAACAGUAAUACUGUCAAAAUAUGGGGCACUGUUCAAGGAGAUCUUGCUGACUUACUGGUAGCUUCAGGAGCUACCCUGAUCUUUGAACUCUCAGCACCUAGACAGUUGAAGUUUUCUAACAUUACUGUACAGAAUGGUGGAACUUUAGAUCUUCAGAGUACAUACGGUGACGAAAAUGAUUUGGUGCAGGUAGAGGUAAAAAGAGAUGGUCAUACAGCUAUAGUAAAUGUACAAGGUGAUGGACAGUUCCUUGUAAGAAACCUGCAGCUGGAGACUGACAUUGUAAAGAUAGACAACAGUGGUUUAUUGAGUGCUUCUGGUCAGGGUCUUUCUGAUGGGGAUGGAGUAGGCUCCAGUAAUGGAGGGGGUGGUUAUGGAGGUAGAGGAGGAGCAUAUGCCUCUACAGGCUAUUUACCUGGUAAAGAGUAUGGAUCUAUCUAUGGACCUUGUCGGUUUGGCAGUGGAGGAUCUAGUGCAACCACAUCUUAUGGAACAGGUGGAGGAAUGAUAAUGUUAAAUGCUACCAAGACUGUGAUAGUAGAAGGAUUAGUGAAAGCUGAUGGUUUAGAUGGAACUUCCUCUAUUAGUGCUGGCAGCGGUGGAUGUAUUUACAUAGAUACCCAUGGUAUUGAAGGGCAAGGUACCAUACAGGUGAAUGGAGGUAAUGGAGUGACCAAUUCUGGUGCUGGCGGUGGAGGCAGGAUCAUGAUAUACUACAAAAAUACCGAUUUCUGGCAAGGAAAAUGGACAGCCUAUGGUGGAAUCACUGGUUCAAGUCCUGGUGGAGCUGGAACAGUUUUCCUACAGGACACAAUAACUGAUAUAACCAACAAAACAUUGAUAAUUGACAACAAUGAGCAGGAUGUGAUAUCAUCUCAGAUAUCUGUCUACACAACUGCAGGUUAUGAGGCUGAUCCUGGUCGUACAUGGAUAUCUGACAGUGAUACUGGAGCUUUUGAAAGUAUUAGAAUCCUAGGAAAUGCUCAUCUGGCUCUACAUCCUGACUUAAAGGAUCCAUUCCAGCUAGAAUCGUUGAAGUUUGAAGGUGACCAUACUGGUGUGCUCCACGUAGGUGAUGGGCAGACUAUAGUUGUUCAACAUCCAGAUGACCUUGAUUUUAUUAUGAAUAUCUACAUUUACGAAGGAGGAUUAUUGAUGUUACCAACAGCAUUUGAUUGCUAUAAUGUCAAUUUCAUUGUUUGGGGACAACUAGGAGUUGUAGACAUGACUGUGGGUGAUGGAUGUGUACUGAAGUUAGGAGCCACGGGAGAUACCAUAUCUACCACAGGAGGAAAAGGGAUAUAUGACUUCAAUAAACUGACUGUGAAAGCAGGAGGGGAAGUAACUGUAACAGAUGAUCUGACAAAUAUGAGCAGCAACCUGACAAUAACAGCAGGUACACUAUGGGUCCAGGGAGGAGGUCACAUUCAUGCUGUCCAUGUAAACAUCACUUCAGAGAAUUUGAUUGUAGAUGAUCUUGGACAGAUAAAUGGAGACAAACAUGAUAUAGCUUGUUCAACAGGAGAUGGUUUUGAUUCCAGUAGUGGAGCUUCAGGUGCUGGUCAUGGAGGUAGAGGUGGACGUGGCUCAGGACAAAUGAAAACAGGUGCCCCUCAUGGACAGGUAUUUGAUUCAGUAGACAGAGGUUGUAAAGGAGGCAAUGACAAUUUAACAGAGACUGGAGGCAGAGGAGGGGGAGUGAUAUUCCUUCAGGUGUCUGGUAUCCUACAGAAUGAUGGAGAGAUCAGUGUUAAUGGUGAAAAUGGACAGGGAUACAAUUCUGGUGGUGGAAGUGGUGGUUCUAUUAACAUGGAGGUCAAUCUUAUUAAGGGUUAUGGAAAGUUCCAAUCUAUUGGAGGAGAUGGGUUAGGUUUGGGUGGUGCUGGGUCUGGAGGCAGAAUUUCUAUGGACUUUGCUGAUAACAAAACCUAUGUUGGGUCAUUUGAUACCUAUGGUGGUCUUGGUGAGAAUAAUGGUAGUCCUGGAACGUCUUUCUUCUACCACACUGGUUACAGCCAUAGUACACUGUUGCUGAACAAUAUAAACAGAGGUCCUGAUGGUGAUAGUAAUGUCAUUGAGGACUAUUCCAACCUUGAUAGUGAUCAGCUCAGAGCAUGGUUCCUUCCUGAACAUGGUAGACAUACACUUGCAGGAACAGAUUCCAGUUAUUUUUUCAAUGAGCUACAGAUUUAUGGAAAGGCUCAGCUAGCAGUACUAACAGAUCCAGUAGAAAGUGAUGCUACAAUUUAUUUUGAGAACAUGAUUGGAGAUAGAUCCGGAGCCAUACAUGUAGGAAAAGGACAAGUCAUGGAUCUGGAGAGACAGAAAAUAGAUCUUCCAUUCAGUGUCCAUGUAUAUGAUGGUGGUUACCUUGGUUUGGCUCCGAACACAUUCAUACAUGGUGUGCAUAUUUUCUUAAAUGGGACAUUGGCCAACAUAGACAAUCUAACAUUAUACCAUGAUGGAAAAUUGUGGCUAAAUGUAGAAGGCAGGACUAAAAAUCAAGAUGCAAGCAAGUAUGACUUCCAGUUUGUGCAUGUCAAAAAUGGCGGAUAUCUUCAUAUGAUAAGUGACCCUGUGACAGAGCCUGGAAUUACAUUUACAACUACAGCAUUGAAUAUUGAUGGAGGUGGUUUGGUGAAGGGAACACACAUGUAUUUUCUCUCAGAGAAUAUUACCAUUGAUGCUGGGGGAACAUUAUCAGCAGAUGGAUUUGGAUAUGAGCUGGCUGAUGGAGAAGGGACUGAUGCAGAUGGAAAUAUCAGAGAAGGACUACAUGGAGUGAUCAAUCCUGGACUGGGCUAUACUGGUACUGUUGGUGUCUCAGGAGCUGGUCAUGGUGGAAGUGGAGGCAGGGGACAUGAAAAUGAUCUUGGAGGAGAACCUUAUGGAGAUAUAUACAAGCCUUUACUGUUUGGUAGUGCAGGAGGUGGUCCAAAAGGCGGAGCAGGCGGUGGUAAAAUUUGGCUGAAUGUGACCAACACCAUACUUAUUGAUGGACUAAUGACUGCCAGUGGUGAAAAUGGUCAGAUAGAUGAUACAGCUAUCUCACAAAGUUCAGGUGGCUGGAUGAACUCUCUACCUGGAGGAGGAGGCAGUGGAGGUAGUAUCUGGUUGUUCUGUCAGACUGUUACUGGAUAUGGUAAAAUAAUGGCCAGAGGUGGCAAUGGGUCUGUUGGAACUCACAGGAACUACACCACUACAAGUGGCAAUUAUAGCAAUUAUAUGUCAUUUGAAUAUGGUGGAGGUGGUGGUGCAGGUGGAAGGAUGGCCAUGUACUUUAGAGAAAACAAGACAUUCAGUGAGUUUACCUACCUAGCUAAUGGUGGAUGGCCUGGGAAAGAAGAUGAUGACUCUGAAAGUGGUGGACCUGGGACAAUCUAUAUUUAUGACAUGGUUGAAGAUCAUAGAACACUACUUAUAGACAAUGAUGGUGCUCCUAACCCUCGUGAAAAAUAUGUUUAUUGGAAUAAUAGGCUCCAUGAUGGUGGCAGAGCAUGGAUUCUGCCUCAGUCUGGGACCCAUGAAUUUGCUGACAAAAAGUACGUGUUUGAGUUUGAAGAAUUACAAAUUUAUGGCAAUGGACAUUUGGCUGUGUUGAAUCCUAGUGACAUCACAGUAUUUGAUUCAGCUGUGUCUGGAACAGUAUCUGCAAAUUUUAAUGUUACUAUUGAUUUUAAAUACAUGAUUGGAGAUAGAACUGGGACAGUCCAUAUUGCUAAAAAUCAAGUCUUGGACUUGUUCAGGGAAGAAAUAGACUUGCCUUUCAAUUGUUUUGUAUAUUUUGGUGGGUUCUUAGGACUAGCUCCAAUGACUUAUGUCCAUGGUGUAGACAUCCAUCUUGCAGGUGUAUUGUCGAAUAUUGAAAAUAUAACUUUACACCAUGGAGGAUAUUUAUGGUUACAGAAUGGUGGACGAACACCAGCACAAACGUUCAGUCAUUAUAAAUUUGAUUACAUCCUUAUUCAGGAUGAUGGAAAGAUUGAUUGUACAACAGAUGCUGUAACUGACCAUGGAAUCACAUUUUAUCUAAAAGCUGUCACUGUUGAAGGAGGUGGUAUAUUUCACGGUACCUACAUGACAUUUAACGUGGAGAAUGUCACGGUAGAUGAUGGUGGAGUGAUAACAACAGAGGGCAAAGGUUACAAUACAUCUCAUAGCCAUGCGACUCAUUCAGGUCUAUCAGUCCAUGGAGAUGUCAAUCUAGGGAUACCAUCCAGCACUUACGGUGGUGGUGGUCAUGGUGGAAGUGCUGGUGAAGGUGUUGAUUCCCAAGCUGCAGGAUUUGCCUAUGGUAACAUCUAUGAACCAGACAAAGUUGGCAGUUCAGGUGGUUCAGGAGGAUCUGGUGGUGGUGUUAUAUGGAUGAAUGUGACCAAUACAAUUAUGAUUGACGGAGAAGUAAAUUCCAGAGGUGGUGAUGGGGCUGCUGGUGGAAGUGGAGGAAGUGUCUGGAUGUUCUGUGAACUUAUCAAAGGUUAUGGUAAAAUAACGGCUCAUGGUGGUGAUGCCUCACAUGUGAAUGGAGGUGGUGGAGCUGGUGGCAGGGUGGCAGUUUACUUCAACAGAAAUGAAACUAUGACAGCAUUUAGAUUCCAGGCUAUUGGAGGCAAGGGUGGGUUGUCUGCUGAAAAUGGUGGUGCUGGUACUGUGUUUGUCUUCAAUAUGUUAGAGGAACAUAAAACUCUGAUUAUUGACAAUGGAGGUCACCAGCCAAAAGACAAGUUUAACGUCAUAGAUGAUUAUUCAGAUCUGUCAUCUGACAGUUGUAGAACAUGGAUACUGCCCGUGUCUGGAAGUCAUUACUUUGCUGGUGGAGGAUACCAAUACCAUUUUCAUGAAUUACAGAUGUAUGGAGCUGGUCACUUGGCCUUUUUACCUGACCCUGUUGACCAUGAGGUAGAUGUCUUUUUUCUGUACAUGAUUGGUGACCGAUCUGGAACUGUUCAUUUAGGCAACAACCAAAUUAUGGAUCUUGAAAGAGAAGAAAUUGAUCUGCCAUUCAGUGUCAGGGCAUAUGCUGGGUCAUACAUAGGUUUGGCUCCUAUGACAAUUGUACAUGGUGUCAGUAUCUGGAUGCAUGGAGAACUUGUCCACAUUGACAAUUUAACUUUACAUCACAAUGGCCUAUUAUCAAUGGAGAGCGGUGGUUUCACAGAAGGAUUAGAUCCAGACCACUUUGAAUUUAACUAUGUCCGUAUCCAGGCCAACUCAACAAUUCAGUCACUGACCGACCCAGUCACAGAACCAGGUAUGGAUUUAGUGGUCCAUUUCAACCUAUUUAUCGAAGGUGGUGGAACUUUGGCUGCAACUAAUAUAAGUAUCCAAGCUAUUAAUAUAACAGUAGACGAUGGAGGAUCAGUGCAUUCAGAUAGUUUGGGUUACAGAUAUACAGAUUUAAAGAAUGGAAAUGUCAACUUUGGACAAGGUGUAACUCAUGCUUCAGGAUCAUCAGGUGCUGGUCAUGGUGGUACCAGUGGUAAGGGAGCAGGAACCAGUCAGACAGGUCAACCUUAUGGCCACUUGUAUCAACCAUAUAUACACGGUAGUGCUGGUGGUGGAAAUGGUGGCCAAGGUGGUGGCAUGUUAUGGCUUAAUGCCACUAAUAUGAUUGAAAUUGACGGUGAACUACGAUCUAAUGGAGGAAAUGCUAGAGCUUCCAAUGGAGGAGGUGGUUCUGGUGGCAGUAUAUGGGUAUAUUGCAGAGUUUUCCGUGGAUUGGGAACUAUUGCUUCAAAUGGUGGCAGUCAGUAUAGCAGUGGGUCAGGAGGAGGAGGUGCUGGAGGGAGAGUAGCUGUUUACUUCACUGUAAACAAUACAUAUCUCGGUAAUUAUGAAUCGCAUGGUGGUAGUUCUACAACACAACCUGGUGGACCUGGAACUAUCUUUUUAUACCACCAAGAUUAUGACCAUUCAACUCUAUACAUAAACAAUAAUGGUCUAGAAAGUGAUGUUGGUAUGAUAGAGGACUAUACUGAUCUCAGUGAGGACAGCUUCAAGGCAUGGAUUUUACCUAAUGCUGGAAAACAUUGGCUGGCUAAUGGCAAUGACGAUUAUAGGUUUGAAGAGUUACAGAUUUAUGGUAAUGCCCAUCUUGCUAUUCUGCCUGAACCAUUUGAAGAUGGAGUAACUUUACACUUUCAGGAUAUGAUUGGUGACCGUACUGGUUAUGUCCAUGUUGGAAAUCACCAGACAAUGGAUUUACGUAGAGACUUCAUUGACACUCCAUUUAACACAUAUGUCUAUGAUGGGGGCUACCUUGGUUUGGCUCCAGACACAAACUUGGAACGAGUGUUUGUCAGAUUGGAAGGAACUAUGGAUCAUGUUAUAAACAUGACUUUGAUUGAUGGAGGAGCUCUACAACUUCAUUUGACAGGAUCAACAAACAAACAUAGCAGACUUAACUACCAUAUUAAUGGUACUACAACAAUCAAGGCUAACUCCUACAUUAACUGUUCUAAUCCUAAGGCACAUACUGACCAAUAUCAGCUAGUGUUUAAUUACAUUACAGUGGAAGGUGGUGGAGCUAUCAAUGGAUCGUAUGUGAAAGUGUUUGCCACUGAUCUGACUGUGGAUGAUGGUGGAAUCAUUAGUGUCAAUAAUGGAGGAAAUGACCCAAAUACUGGUGAUGGUGUGGGUGUAUGGCAACGUAAUGGAGCCAGUGGUGCCUCCCAUGGUGGCAUUGGAGGUCAAGGUGCUUGUGAUAACUACCUUACAUGUAAACUGAGAAGAAGUCAGGCCUACGGUGAUCUGUAUGAACCUAAAAUGUUUGGUAGUGGAGGUGCUGGGACUAAAGGAGGUUCAGGAGGAGGACGAUUAGAGAUAGCGGUUGAUCAUACCCUGACAGUAGAUGGACAUAUCAUGGCUAACAGUGAGGAUGUACUCUAUACCACAUCCUGGUCUAUGUCAAGUGGUGGUAGUGGUGGCAGUAUUCUGAUCAACACUGUCAAUUAUACAGGAAGUCACACAGGACAUAUCCAGGCUCUAGGAGGUAUAGGAGACCCAAGCUAUGGUGGAGGUGGUGCAGGUGGUAGGAUUGCCUUGUAUCAAAGCUCUCACUAUACCAUCCCUCCCUACAGAGGUUCUUAUGACACAUGGGGUGGCAAGGGUAAUGUCAACACAGGAGCAGAAGCUGGGGCAUCUGGUGUAGCUUACGUCAAGAAUACAACAUCCAUGUACUCACAAGUUCUGGUUGAUAACAAUGGAGAGUUUAUCAGGGAUGAACAUUAUGCUAUAAAUAACGAAGGCUACAGACUUGACUUUAGUAUCCCAGAAACAAGUUACUCCACUUCUAGAUCCUACUUAUCUACAGCUGGUCAUACCAUACAGUCCUCGACAGGAAGCUAUACAAACUACCAUUACUGGUACUACUGUUAUUACAGAGUGGGAGACAGCUCAUCAUACUUGUUGAUGAAUUUAUUUGACCAGACUUUUGAUAAUAACAAACACCAUUACUUCCUGGCUAGUGGACCAUCUACUACUGUCACUAUACAACUAACAGCUGAAGCAUUUGUCACAAAGUUGAAGAUAUAUCCUACAAAGUCAUUUCAGUCAAAAUUUAAGGUGACUGGCUACUUACGAGGCAGUUCCUUUGCUGUAACAAGCACAUAUGUAGAACCUAGAAAUCCGAUCAUCCAGGGAUCCUAUGUUGAGCUUCCUGUGAUGAGGGAAGCUGACCUAUUUCAAAUAGAAGUGGUAUCAACAAAUCCGUGGUGGUCCUGUUCAUACAAAGCCUCCCUCACAGAACUUGAAAUUUUUGCUGAUGCCAGAAAUAUUUAUGACAGGUACAAAUUUGGAGUAUUAGAUGGAGCAACCACAUGGAUCUUUGCCAAGACAGACAAUGAACAGUUUGAUUUUGAUGAGUUGACAGUACAAGGUGGAGGACAUCUGGCGUUUAAUUCUUCUGUUAGUCUGACAUCAAAUGUCAAUAUCGAUGUGGGAAUGUUUAAUGGUGAUAAGACGGGUUAUAUCCACAUUGGUUACAACCAGGUCUUGUUUGUCAAUGACACAGAUUCUGAUGUACCAUUCAAUGCACAUGUGUAUGAAAAUGGUAAAGCAACAUAUCCACCUCGACCAUUUUUCUACAAGACACAUCUACACACUUCAGGGGAGAUCCAGGGAAUAGAAGAUCUGUAUGUAUUUGAUGGAGGCAGUGUGACUGUGGACACUAAUGGUAGUAUAGGUAUGACAACACCAGCCAGGGUGUCACUGAAAUCAUUACAUGUACAGGACCAGGGAACAUUCCACAUGGAUGCUUACUCUAAAGAUGAAACAUUCAUAUUGGACUCUACAAAUGUAACUAUAUAUGGUGGAGGUCAUUUUAAAUGUAGCACUGGACUAAACUUGACAACCCACCAUUUGUUUGCUAUAUAUUCUGGAGGUUUGGUAGACCUGAACGGACAAGGACAUAUCCUGGACAUUGAUUGGAACAAAGGAUAUGGUACAGGAUCUUUGACAGGAGGAAGUGGUGGUGGCCAUGGUGGUAGUGGUGGGCGUGGCUAUGGACAGUAUUCUGUCGGACAGGGAUAUGAUUCCUUGUACACACCAGUAGGUUAUGGUAAUCCUGGUGGGUAUGGUAGAUAUAAAGAUUCCCUAUACUUUGGUGACAGUGAGAAUGGUAAUGGUGUAGUGUAUGGACACACUGGUGGAGUUGGAGGGGGUAGAAUUUAUAUCUACUCUAGACAUGUAGAUAUUGAUGGUACUAUCUCAGUCAAUGGAGAGAACCCUGGCACAGCCCUAGGAGAAGAUGCAGGAGGAGGAUCUGGAGGCAGUGUAUGGAUUUACUGUGAUGAGGUCAUAGGUCAUGGAGUUAUUACAGCCAAUGGCGGCAAUGGUACAGGCCAAGGAGGAGGAGGAGGUGGUGGAAGGAUAUCUAUACAGUCUGCCAAUACCAACAAGCUUAAUAUCACCUUGAAAGCUUAUGGAGGUGUAAGUAGCUUUGAAACUGGUGGCGCUGGAACCAAAUACAUUGAAUUAUUUGAUGCUACAACUGGGACAGCUUCAACUAAAGAACUACAGGUAGACAACAAUGGUCACAAGUACCCCAGAGCUGCCAUCGUAAGUUUUGGUGACCGGACUAAUCUCCUGGAUGGCAAGUAUGAGGACAUAAGUGAAGCUGGUGGUAUAACUUGGCUGUUCCACAGUGAUCCAACCUACAAAUUUGAUACUGUCACCAUAUCAGGAAAUGCUCAUGUGGCUAUUUUAAGUAACACGUCAGCUGAAGAUAUUGAUAUCAGAGUUUAUUAUCUCUAUGGUGAUACUACAGGUGUAUUACAUGCUGGGAUGAAACAGACAUUUGGAUUUACAAAUGUGGAUACUUACAUGCCUAUAAAUAUCCUGUCAUACAGAUAUAGUUUUAUAGAAAUACCACAAAGGAUAACCAUGAGAGAGGUUUGGGCUGAAUUAAACGGUACUAUCAUUGGUUUAGAAGAUAUCUCUGUUGAGAAUGGAGGUAAACUGUACAUCUGGUCAUAUGCCAAUACUGAGGGAUCACCAGAGGGCACUCUUGAGCUUCCUAAUAUCGCUGUCAAGGCUGGUGGAAAGUUUGAACCACUGACUACAGCAAAUAAUAUUGUUAUGAAAAUCAAUGUAACGACAAUCACCAUCAAUGGGAAUGGAUAUGUAAGGACUAACCAUCUUGAACUGUAUGCAGUUAACUGUACCAUUGACUUGUCAGGUGAUUUCCAUGCUGAUUUUACUGGACAUGCUGGAGAUAUAGGACCAGGAGCAGGAUUAGCCCAGUCUAAUCAUGCUGGAGCCUCAGGGGGAGGUCAUGGUGGCAGAGGAGGGAGAUCUUAUAGAGGAUAUUAUUCUGCAUUGGCCUAUGAUUCUACAUACAUACCCAGUGAGAUGGGAAGUGGAGGUGGAACUGGUUCUAAUGGCGAGGGAGGCAGAGGUGGAGGAAUAAUACACAUGCAUAUAUCUGAUGAGCUGAGAGUUGAAGGACGACUUCACUCGAAUGGAGAGACAGGAGGUGGUACCACUGGAGGGGCAGGGGCUGGAGGUAGUAUCUAUGUUGUGGUUGGACAUCUAGAUGGAGCAGGCAGUAUAGAAACUUUUGGAGGGGCAGGAAGUACCAAUGGUGGUGGAGGAGCAGGAGGCAGAAUAGGUAUUUAUCACACAGGAGAAAACCAUUUCACAGGAGAGUUUCUCAUUCAUGGCGGCUUUGGCACAUCUGGAUAUGGUGGCUCAGGGACUCUCUACCUAGAGGACCAGACAAAUUCCACAUAUCACAAUAAACAUCUUACUCUUGAUAAUGGUGGGUACACUACCUCAGAUCAAAUUGAGGAAGUAGAGAAAAUAGACCUUACUAAGCUUUCUUUGGAUUCAACACAGUUUGGGUUCUAUUCUUACAAUGACAUUCACAUCCACACAGACAAUAGUUCAGAUGAUUAUCCGAACCUAGGACUCUUGACUGAUGGAAGAUUAUCUUCAAGUUACUACUAUCCAGUCGCUGAUUUAGUGAUUACAGUAGAAAUACCUCAUACAUUGUUUGUGGACCAUGUUAGAGUUUACCCAACAUGUGACAGUUCAUACAGAAGUAAUUAUGCUAUAAAGACAACAUUUGGAUCUACAUUGAUAGACAGGACAGAUGGAUAUAUCAAUACAACAGGAUGUGAUACUCAGAAUAAUAAUACACACUAUGGCAAAGUUGUUGUCCAGGAUUAUGUUGACAAGAUUUAUAUAUAUCUUGAGAAGACCAGUGACUAUGCAGCUCUUAGUGAGUUUGAGAUUUACGUUAGUGAAGAUUUUACAACAAAUGAACAAGAUGUUUACUCAAACUCUCCUGGAGCAGGUUAUAUCAUGCACAGUGUCGAUAAACUGGAGAAAUAUGAGUUUGAUAAGCUGACUGUAAAAGGAGGAGCAUCUUUAGAGAUGUCCAGUAAUGAUGCGUGGCUGUAUGUACAUGAAACAGAAGGUGACAAUACUGGACGAGUUACUAUCAGAGUUAGCCAGACCAUGACAACUUCAAUGGAUCAAGAAUUACUAGAAUUCAGUGUCCUCACACAGAGACAAUCACAUCUACAACUCCCACCCUCAAUUACAUGCAGGGAGGUAGAUCUUGUCAUAAAAGGACAUUUUGAGACUAUGGAGAAUGUGACAGUGAAUGCAUAUUGUAGUCUGACUAUUGACCACUAUGAACCAACUAUUAAUAAGAUAGACCAUUUAGAUAUCAAAACUUUUGGUGACAUGAGUGUUACAACAGACAGAGAAGCACUAACCACAUUAGUAGGCACAACUUUAACAGUCAGGAGUGGGGCUCAGCUGUUUUCAAAUGACUUAAAGCUUAGCUACACCAACAUUACAAUAGAGCCAUAUGGGAUGUUGUUUGUUGAUAAAGGUGUACCUGAGAUAGAAAGGGAAACAGGAAUUGGCAGAGGAUACUCAAGCCCAACUGGUUGUUCUGGUGGUGGCCAUGGGGGUAAUGGAGGUCAAGGAGAAGGUCAGAUUGUAGUUGGUGCUGGUGACGGGUCAUAUCUACAACCAACAACAUUUGGAAAAGAUGGAGGACAUUCAAACUUCCCUCAUGUUGGAGGUCGGGGAGGAGGAAGGCUAGAACUUAAUGUUACCCAUACAUUGACUGUAGAUGGUGAAUUAACAGCAAGGGGAGGUGACUGGUGGUCAUAUCAGUCUGGUGGGGGAAGUGGUGGAAGUAUUUACAUACAUACUUGGACUAUAGAUGGAGAUGGAAUAAUUGAUGGUUCAGGCGGUGUGGGUUAUGAUGGUCCAGCUACCUCCCAUGGAGGAGGUGGUGGUGGAGGUAGAAUAGCACUUUACUAUACCUACGACUUUUAUGUUGGAACAUUUAAGUGUGCUGGAGGAGAAGGUGGAGUAAAUGCAGAAGAUGGUGGACCAGGAACAGUGUAUGUUCAUCUGUUACCCAUCAACCCAGCUGAUCUGUCAAACUUUGUCUCCAACAGGACUCUCUUUGUUGACAACCAUAACAGGUCUCCUAAAAAUUUGUUCAGAAAUUUAACUGACUUUUACAGUAAUUACUCCUUGGGCAGUGGUGUAGCAUGGAUCAUACCAUCAGAUUACCCAGAGUUUGUAGUAGAGACAAAACUUAGCACUCAGAUGAUACUUGAAGAAUUGCAAAUAUACCGAUCAGCUUCAAUAGCUAUGGUUAAGCCUGAUGAUACAACAUUCAGAGUGGAUCUGAGUGUAGAUCUUAUUGAUGGUGAUAAAACUGGCCAUGUACAAAUAGGUUAUAAUCAGGCAUUCUAUAUAGGGUCAGGACAACUGCCUAAUCAUCUGUCCGUGUAUAGAGGAGGGGAAGUAACUCUGCAAGGAGAACUGAGAGUUGCAGGUGUUGAUGUGAUGAUUGAGGGAAACAUGAGAAAUGUGGAAAACUUGACCGUGGUAGAAGGAGGUACAUUAAGAAUAAAUGAGAUGACAGACACUUCCUAUAACAUUCAGGACGAAAUCCAGUUUACAGCUAUCGACAUUCGUAACCUUGGUUCUAUGUACAUGAACAAUGGCAUGGAUAAACACAUCCUGACAGGGAACUAUCUACAGGUGUAUCCAGGGGGACUGCUGAAUGCUAAGAACUUGCAGAUUAACGCUGAAAGUGUCAUUGUUGAUGUGUUGGGAGAGGUCAGGGCUGAUCAUAAUGGCUAUUGCACAGGAGGUCCUGGAGAAGGAUUUACUGUGGCUCACAGUGAUGGUGUAUAUGGAACAGGUGGCAGUUAUGGUGGAGAAGGAGGCACUGAGGAUCAAAGUCAUGACGCACCGCUACCUUCAGGACAGUUUAAUAGACCUAACAAUUUUGGCAGUAAUGGAGGACAAGGCAGCUAUGAUGGUCAUGAAUAUACAGGUGGUUGUGGAGCAGGGAUUAUUUACUUUAACAUCACCAAGGAGACAAAAGUGGAUGGAAUUGUCAGUGCUAAUGGACAGGAUGGAGCUCACUCUAGUUACGCUGGUGGUGGAACAGGAGGUAGUCUCCUCAUAGAAACUGUUUUGUUUGAUGGCACAGGUUCUGUAGAGAUAACUGGAGGUUCGGGAAGAAAUGGUGGAUCAGGAGGUCGUCUUUCUAUUAUAUACAGUUCUUAUGCUUACAUUGGAGAACUUAAGUCACUAGGUGGCGCUGGAGAUGGUGGGGAGACAGGAGCUGCUGGAACAGUAUACCUCAGAAACACAGGAACAUCACCCGAAACUAAGCUACAAGUCUAUAACCAGGAAGGAAAGGGUAAUAGAAAAACCAGAAUUACUAUCCCUGAUGUGACAACAGAAGAACACGAACUUGACACAUUAGAUCUUGGUACAUACGCUAAUGUAGGAAUGAUGGCCAUAGACUCAAGUGGUCUACCUUCCAAUGGUGACAGAAAACUGACAUUGUCCAAAGUAGAAGGAGAUAAUACAGCUGGUGUACAUGUAGAGUCUGGAAUGUGGCUAAAUAUAGAUUUUGGUUCUACAGCUAUUUUGACGUUUGAUGUGUCCUUAUAUGAGGAUGGAACAGUGAACCUACCAUUUGAUACCUAUCUGCGAGACUGUCGUAUAUCCCUGUAUGGAGGUACUGUACAAGGUCUGCAGAAAAUGAACAUCUCAUUAGAUGGAGCAUUCUAUGUCUAUCCUAAAGAGAAGCAAAAUGAAAAUGAUGUAAUGGAACCCAAUGUAUUUGAGUUGGAUAGUAUAGCCAUAUUGGAUGGUGGACUGUUUGAGUAUUUUGGGGAAGCUGUCAAUGAUAACAAAUUAGAUAUCACACUGAAUGGAAGUCUGAGUAUCAAUGGUGGAGGUGAAUUCAGGGCCAACAAUAUGUACCUAGAAGCUGCCAACAUUACCAUUGAUUCAGAGGGUCUCAUGACUGGUCUAGGACGGGGUUGGGAAGCAGGUAAAGGGGAAGCUCCAGGUACAAAUCACACAGAUGGAGGAGCUGGAGCUUCCCAUGGCGGUCACGGGGGAGCAGGAGCAGGUGGAACAUAUGCAUCACUAGCCUACGGUAAUGUUCGCAUGCCAACAGCCUAUGGAAGUGGUGGACCAGAAAGUUUGGCUGAUGACGGAGAAGGUGGUGGUAUUAUAUAUCUUAAGGCUUUACAGAACAUGGAGAUUGAUGGAGAUAUUAAUGUAGAUGGUAAUAGUUCUAGAGCUGGUGGAGGCUCAGGAGGCAGCAUUGUACUAGAAGCCGCUCAUUUUACAGGAUCUGGUACAAUAUCAUCUAGGGGUGGUGAUUCUGCCUGUGUAGAUCAUUGUAAUAGUUGUAAUGAGAAACUGAGAUGUACAGAAUGUGAACCAGGAUGGUUCCUUGUCAGCGGCAACUGUGUAGCCUCAUGUCAGAAAACAGCCAAUCAAUGCUGUUACAAAUAUGACACAACAUUAGCAUGUAAUUUCAACGACACUGAUAACUGCUACAGAGGAUAUUGUGAUGGGGAAACAAGUGCUACACCUCUGACUGUUGGAGGUGGUGGAGGAGGAGGCAGGAUAGCAGUCUUUGCUACUGAUUCCAACACCUACAGAGGCUCUUAUCCAACUCAAGGAGGGAACAGUUUUAUGGAAAAAGGAGGCUCUGGUACUGUAUUUGUACAGGCACCAGAUUCAACCAGUGGUGUUACUGAAACCUCCAUCUAUGUCAGUAACAACGGUUAUAAUCCCAACAAUGAUUUUAUUGAUGACAAAGAACAGGAUAACAGUAGAACUUACAUUGUUACCACAGAUACAGACACAAGCAGUUCUCUGACAUUUGAUCAUUUAUAUAUUAAUGAGGGAGGUCAUUUGGCCUUCAGAAACACCUCUAAUAACCCUCCAACAGUUACCAUUGGUUAUCUCCAUGGUGAUAAGACUGGCAUGCUCCAUGUGACCAAAGAGCAGCUAGUUACAAUAGAAGACAAUGAGACACCAUUCCCUACUUCAUUUAGGAUUUAUGAGGAAGCACAAUUUAAUAUGCCACUAAUUGUAUCUUUAAGUGGUUUAUCCUACAAGACAAUACAUAUAGAUGGAGUAUUGACAGGAGCCAAUCAAUUAACUGUUGGACAAGGUGUGGAUUUUGUUAUAGGAGAAAAGAGUCAUUCAGUUGGAGAAUCAGAUAGACAGUUCACAUUUGAUACAUUAGAAAUUCAGGCAGACGGUAUUGUCUCUUCCACUUACGUUGAAGAAUUUACACCAUCUCUAAUCCUAACACUCAAUACCUAUCUAAGGAUACAUGCUGGUGGAAAAAUCCAGGCACCUUAUGUGGACAUCACUGCAAAGAGAGUUCAGAUUGAUGUAGCAGGUAAAAUCAAUACUACAGGACAGGCACCAUCAUCUCUACAAUAUCAGGAUGCACAACAAAAACCUGACGGAGGUGGAUCUGGUGGUGGAAAUGGUGGGUCAGGAGGUCAAGGAAGGUUCCAGUCUAUAGUUGGAGUUCCACCAACAUAUGGUAAUCUGUAUACUCCUAAGGAAUAUGGUGGCAAUGGUGGUGACGGAGGUGGAGCCAGCACUGCUGCUGAUUAUCAAUGUAGUCCCCAUGGAACAUAUACUGGCGGAAAUGGAGGAGGAGUUGUUGUUCUUACAAUCACUGAUGAUUUGUCACUCGAUGGAGAAAUAAAUGCUGAAGGAACCUCUGGACAAUCUCUCAGAGCUGGAGGUGGUGCAGGUGGCAGUAUUUUUAUAAAUGCUACAACUGUAUCAGGAACUGGUUCCCUGUCUGUAAGAGGAGGGGAUAUCAGUGGUAAUACUACAUGUAUUGGAGGAGGAGGUUCUGGUGGCAGGAUAGCCAUUCAUUACACAACAUAUUCCUACACUGGAGAGUUGAAAGGUUACGGGGGUACAGGAUAUGAAUGUGGAGCUGCUGGUACUGUUUUAUUUAGAGAUAUGUCUACUUCAUCAGACACCCUUCAGGUUGACAAUAAUAAUGUAUGUUCACCUCUCAGUCAAAACAUUGACUUUGACAAACUAACAGAUGUUGGUCGCAGAAAGUACAGUUGUAAGACUUGGCUGUAUGACAAAGAUGACUGUGACAAGUCUACAGGUUGUUCACAUAGCUUUGCUGAAGUAGUCAUGAAUGGCCUUGGUCAUAUAGCUGUUCACCGACAAUCAACCGAUACCCACCAACAAGACAUCACUGUCUACAAAACAUCUGGUGACAGGAGUGGUACCUUCCAUGUUGGCAAUCUACAGGAGUUGACAGCAGACCUACCCGCUGAUAGUCCAGAGUUACAGUUUGGUCUGAUAAUUUACACUGGAGGACUAAUGGGUACAGCUCAGACAUUUGUUGUUAAUGAUAUAACUCUAGAAUUGGAAGGAACAGUUAGUGGUAUGGAAAAUCUUAUCAUUGGACCUGGCGGGAAGUUCCUGCUUAAACCAUACGGAAAUGAUUCCUCUGCAGUUCUGACAACAGACUUUAGUUUUACCAAGGUUACAGUUCAAGGGGGCGGUACCUUGGAGAUAGAUAGUGCUGGUAACAGUAUGAAAUUGAUUGGGACAGAGUUGUUAAUUGAAAGUGGUGGAGUUCUAAUUGCAGACUUUGUUGAUAUUGAAGUCAUGACCCUCACUGUAGAUGAAUCAGCAAAGAUCCAAGCCAAUGGGAAAGCUGGAUCAAAAGGUGAAGGCACCGGUUACACAACAGAUGGAUCAGGAGCAGGACAUGGAGGUAUGGGUGGGAAAGGAGCCACAGCUUAUGCUGGUGGUUAUUUCUAUGGUGAUGUCAAGUUACCAAGACAUUUUGGAAGUAACUCAAAAUCGGAGGAUCAUACAGCAUAUGGAGGAGGAAUUAUCAGUAUCUCUGCUAGUACUUCUGCAAUAAUUAAUGGUAUAAUCAGCUGUAAUGGAGAUGAUGGAGAACAAGGGACAGGAGGUGCCAGUGGGGGGAGUAUUAAACUAACAACAGGUGCUUUCUCUGGAAGUGGCAAACUACAAGUUAAUGGAGGAAAAGGAACCAGUAGUACAGGAGGUGGGGCUGGAGGUCGUUCAGCUGUAUAUUGCACAUCCUCGGGUUUCACAGGUGACACCUCUGCCUAUGGUGGACAGUCAUCAGCUGGUUAUGGUGGUGCCGGUACAGUGUAUGUCGUAACAGGAUCCAAAACUAAAAUCAUUGUAGACAACCAAGUGGCUCAUAAUGUAGGAGACUAUUCAGCAGACCUUGAGUUAGACACAAUAAAAGCCAAUGAAAGCAGCAGAACUUGGAUAACAUUUACUGACAGUAAUUCAAUACAGGUGGAUCAGUUGCAGCUGCUGAAUGGUGCUCACCUGGCACUAGAACCCAGUGCUGACAGCAGUGCAAUCAACUCUCUGUUAGCCCUCAGUUUCUCUGGAAAUGAUGACUUUGUAAAGGAACCAAACAAAAUUGGAACGUUACUUGUUGGAGCAAACCGUGAAAUAACCAUCAGACAAGUAUCUUUAUAUUUCCCAGCACAUGCCAAAGUCUAUGAAAAUGGAAUACUGACAUUACCAUCCACAGUCAAGUGGUUUAGCACUGUAAACUAUAUAGAUGGAACCUUAGGAGGUUUACAGGACCUGACCUUGUUUAAAACCAAUUUGACUCUAUCAAAAACAAGCCAAACACAUACAACUACUUCUACUUACUCCAUGCAGAACUUAAACGUGAAGCAGAACAGUACACUUUACUUGGUAGAUGCAGAUGUGGAAUACAAUAUGGACUUGUAUAAACUGUUGAUUGGUGCCUCAGGGGAGAUAAUUGCCAAAAAACUGACAGUUACAGCAACAGAGGUUGAAACUGAAGAAGGAGGAAUUAUAAACCUUGAUCACCGUGGGGAUGCUGGGGAUGGCGGAAAUGAUUAUUCUGGAGCUGGCCAUGGAGGUGAAGGAGGUAUCAUAGGAACCAACAUGAGUCUGAUUGAUGCCUAUGAUCAUUUCACACAACCAACCUUACAUGGUAAAGGUGGUCAGUCAACAGCUGGUGGGGGUGUACUCAAAAUUACAGCUACAACGCUCACUCAUAAAGGAGAGUUGAAUGCCAGAGGAGAGAAUGCCUCGGCAAACAGUGGUGGAGGCUCUGGAGGAAGUAUCUGGAUAACAGCUGAUUCUGCUGAUGUUACAGGAGCCAUCAAUGUGAAUGGAGGCAAUGGUUAUAAUGGAGGAGGAGGAGGGGGAGGAUUAAUCUCCCUUGUUUAUGUUUCUGGUAACAUCUAUGGUGAACUUACUUCCUACGGUGGUGCAGGUAAUGGAGGUGGGGAGGAUGGUGGUGCUGGAGUUGUCUACCUUGGUCAAGAUGUUAAUGGAAUCAGUCCCAAUAGAAAGGUGAUAGUGAAAAACAUUCACACAACUGAUACUUUUACCAGACUACCUGUACCAACAACAGAAUCAACUGUACAGGUGGACGAAAUUAAUAUCAAAACUGCUUCCAGAGUCUCCUUUGGUAAGAGAUUAACUGUAGGAGAAUCCCUUGGGGCAACAGUUGGUACUAUCACCACAGAUACAACUGACUCUAACUUUACAGUGGACAGCUAUACAGAGGUGUACUUAUCCACAAGAUAUCCAAAUGCAUUGACAGAGUUGUUUCUCAGAGCUAAUGUGUAUGUCAGUAGUUACGGGAAAAUUGAACUUCCAGCAACAGUUAAUGUGGAAAAAGAUUACUACUUGGAGCUGUGUGGAACAGUUAAUUCAAAAACAAAAAUUGUAGUUAUUCGGAAUGGUGGCAUUUAUAAAAUAGGUUCACCAGCCAACACAGGCAUCUCUUAUGUGGACACUACAACAACCAGCAAAAUAACACUUACAGAUCUAGUUAUUGACGAUGGUGGUAACAUAGAACACACAAGUACAUGUAUCCGUCCUACUCAACAGAUACAACUAGAAUUAACCAAUUAUAACAUAUCAGGUAGUUAUUCAUUCCCUUCUACCUACAUUUCACUGAAGAGUGGUUAUAAAACAAACCAGAUCAGUCAAACAAGCACUGCCACAUGUUCAGGUCAAAAGAUGUAUAUCUACAAAGGUUCUUCAUGUGAGCUGAAUCCUGGAACACACACAUUCACCAGUAUUACAAUUGAAGCUGGAGGAACUCUCACUAUAAAAGGGGAUACUUAUAGAAAUCUGACGAAAAUCAAUAGUGGCUCAAUUAACGUAAUGUUUGGAGGAAAAAUUACUGGUGAAGGCAAAGGAUACACCUCAGGUGGCCCAGGUGCUGCAGCUAGUAGCAGUAAUGGGGCCAGUUAUGGUGGAUCAGGAAAAGAUAAUCCAAACAAACUUUAUGGUAGUAUUGUGUAUCCCAGACACUAUGGCAGUAAUGGACAUGGCUCUGUAGCAGGUGGUGGUCAGAUUGAGUUCUCUGUUACAAAUACUUUCACUCUGAAUGGUGAAGUCAACAUGAAUGGUGCAUCUGGAACAUCUGGUGGCAGCGGUGGGAGUAUACUGAUACAGUGUAAAACAUUGACAGGGACUGGAAAAAUACUUGCUCAGGGAGGCUCUGGUGGAGGAGGAGGUGGAAGAAUAUCUGUUAUUUCAUCCUCGUCCUAUGACUUUAGUGAUGGAUUGAUUUCUGUUGAAUCAGCUGAUGGAAAUGGAUCACCAGGAACUGUUUACUUGGACAAAUCAGGAACAACAGUCUUAGUGUUAGAUCAUGCUGGAUCUACAGAACUAAUUAGUGGAAUAUCAUUACCAACCUCUUUAAAUGAACUUCAGGUUACAAACAGUGCAUCAUUAUCACUAGAAACAGCUCUUACAGUGGCUAAAUUGUCAUCUGAUGGAACUGGUACUGUUACUAUUACAAACAAUGCUAAGAUGACUAUAUCAGCAUUUGAUGAUCUGAACCAUGGAUGUCAGUGUAAUUUUGUUGUUGAUGAAGGGGCCACACUAGAAGUUACAUCAGACUUUGAUUUGACUGGUGAAAGUCCUACCUUAGAUCUGAAGGGAACAUUGACAGUGUCAGAUUUCAGUGUUUGGGAUCGUGGCUCUGUCACUAUAUCUUCAACAGGAACAUUGGAUGCCACCUCCUUAGAAUUACAAGAAAGUACCGAGAUGGAAAUAAAAUCAGGAGCCACAUACAGUGGGAUUCAGUCACUUACUCUAGGAUAUGCUGCAAAACUAAUAUUAAAUGAAGACAGCAUUAGCCUGUCAUUAACAAAAUUCCACAUGAAGAUAAAAUCAGAAAUUGAAAUCACAACAACUUCUAAAUCAUUCAAUUUAGUGACAACUGAUUGUAUAAUAGAAGAAGAUGCUGUGUUGUCAGUAUCUCAUGGAGGCUCAACCACGGGAUCAGGGGCAGGUAACUCUGAGAAAGGUGCUAGUUAUGGUGGAGAAGGAGGAGGUAAUACUGGAACAACAUAUGGCUCCACCACAUCACCUGUAGAUCCUGGCAGUGGUUGUACUUCUGUUCAUGGUGGUGGAGUCAUUUCCAUCCAAGCUACAACUCUUUCCAUAGAUGGAUUUCUAACAGCUGAAGGGGAGAAUGGUGAAAACACCGGAGGUGGAAGUGGUGGCAGCAUCAAAAUUACUGGAGACAGUCUAGAAGGUCAUGGUACCAUCUCUGUCAAUGGAGGUACCAGUGCAAAUAAAGGUGGUGGUGGAGGAGGGCGCAUGGCUUUAGAUGUAAAGGCUAUUUCAUCCUUUUAUGGAUUCCUGUCUUCUUUGGGUGGUGAAGGUGGGACUUCCAAUGGAGCUGCAGGCUCUGUUUAUUUGGUAUCUGAACUUUCUGGUGGUGCUUCAAAAACAGAACUACAAAUUAACAAUAAUGGACUUUCUACUGAUUCCCAAACAGUCAUUACUGGUGUCACAACAGUGUCAACAAUAGAUUUGAAUGGAAAGGCCAAAGUAGUAUUUGAUUCCAGUGGUGGGUCUAACUUUGAGAUAUCAUUGAUAGAGGGAGAUUAUACAGGGCUGCUUACUGUACAGGAAAAUCAGUAUUUUAUCAUAGCAACCAGUUAUGGUACACAGUAUGCUUUUGUUCUGCCAUGUAAGAUUCUGAUUGAAGAAAAUGGAUAUGCCACGCUUCCUGCACGACUGCAACUAGAGGAUGAGACAGAUGAUGAGGAGAUAAACUUGGAUGUGAAGGGAAAUGCCAUAGCUGUCCGAAAUCUCAUUGUGGCUUCUUAUGGUAAAGUGUCAUUCAGUUCUACUGCCAGGAGUGGUCUAACUACAGCACAACUUUCAGAUGCUGGAUCCUUCUCUCUUUCAAACCUAGAUGUCACUACAGAUGGUCUCAUGGAAGUUUCCACUGACUCUAAAAACCAGUACACAAUUGAAGUCUUGGAUGAACUGAACGUCAAAUAUGGAGGUGAAAUUAAAGGAAGAAAUGUGUAUAUCAAGGCACCUACUGUGCAAGUAGCCUUUGAUGGGCUGAUUGGUGUUGAUGGUAGUAGUUCUGAUCCUGGAUCUGGUGUAGGACAGGAUGGUUCUGGUGGAAGUCAUGGUGGUUCUGGGGGAGCAUCAAGCUCUGGAUCAGAAUCUUUAGUUGACUAUGUUGGAUCAGUAUUCACUGCUGUCAACUUUGGUUCAGCUGGUGGGGACACAACUUCUGGAGGAACUGGAGGAAGUGGUGGAGGUAUUGUCAAAUUCAAGGUUACUGAGUUGUUGACCUUGAGUGGAAUGAUAACUUCCCAUGGUAACAAUGGUGAAGGCAAUGGUGGAGGAGGAAGUGGUGGAUCAGUAUACAUAGAUACAGUGGAUUUUACCGGAUCUGGUUCUAUAUCUGUAAUAGGUGGUAAUGCAACCGAUAGUGCUGGCGGCGGUGGUGGUGGAAGAAUGUACCUAGAUGUAACUGGAGAUUACAACUUUACAGGGGACUACACUCUAAAGGGAGGUAAUUCUAAUUCAUCAGAAGCAGGUGGUGCUGGAACAGCUUACCUGAAUUACCUCAUCAAUAAUUUGGCAUACCGUAAAUUAUUGUCAGAUAAUGCAGGUAUUGAAGGAAGUUCUAUUGCCAAUACCAUCAUUGACCUCCCUGGGCAAACAGAGGUCACUGUAAAUGAGUUAGAAGUUGGUGAUUCUGCUACUGUUAGUAUCCUGACAGAAAAUCUACACUUUAUUGCCAAUGAGUUAACAUGUGGAUCUGAUUCUUUCCUUGUGGUCAAUGACAACACAAUAUUCAGUGCGGAUGUAUCAUCAGAGUAUAGUAAACUGACAUGUAGUCUACAUCUACAACAGCUUGGUGAGACUAGACUUCCCAAGAAAGUAGAACUUCUAGGAUCAGAUAAUCAGCUCAAAGGAACGCUAACAAACAUUCAGAAUUUGAUUAUUGCAUCUGGGCAAACAGCUGUACUGUCAGCAGAAACCAGGACAGCUACAUACAAAGAAGGUGUAUUUGAGGCUCAGGAAGCAGGUGCUUACAAAUUUGCUAACUUUACAAUCAAAGACUAUGCUACUGUGACAUUUGAGACAACAGGAAAACCUUUACAACUGACUAUCUUAGAAUUACACUAUGGCUCUACACUGAAGGGAGAGAAGAUUAUACUACAGAGUAACAAGAUUAAACUUAAUCCUGGUUCUACAAUAGAUCUAUCUGGUGGAGGAUAUGUUGCUGAACAGGGCACUGGUAAAGGGGAGAAGAUAAGUGGUGAAAACCUAGCAACGGGAGCAGGCCAUGGUGCCCCAGGUGGCGCUCCAACAUCUGACUACACAGGAGGUGAUGCCUAUGAUCAGACCAGGAACCCUACAGAGACCGGAAGUGGAGGAGGUAACUCUGUCAAUGGAACAGGUGGCCCUGGAGGAGGUUAUCUACAGAUUGACACAUAUUAUGACAUUACAAAUGAUGGUAUCAUCAAGGUUGAUGGUUCUGAUGCCACAGGAGAAGGAGCUGGUGGUGGCAGUGGUGGCACUAUUGUUUUAAGUAGUCGCAGCUUACUUGGUGAAGGCACUGUCUCUGCCAAUGGAGGUCAAGGUUCUGGCAAGGGAGGAGGUGGAGCAGGAGGAAGGAUAAAACUUACUCUAACAGAAAGCCUUGACUUUGAUGGAACAAUAACUGCUUAUGGAGGAGGCAAUGACGACACUUUGAACACUGUAAAGGCUGGAGCAGGUACCAUCUACAUAAAUGAUGGCACAGGAAUAAAUGAGAAAGACAGACUGUGGGUUAUUGGCAGCACAGAUGAAUCUGGACAGGAUGAAACACAGACAUGGAUAUCUGGAGGAAACAAUGAUUUCUAUUAUCACAUUAUAUCACUUAAAGGAUACUCUCACAGUGAUAUAGAGGGAGAAACGACAAAACUAACCCUGGAUAAGAUUGAUGGUGACAACACUGCCACACUGUAUGUUAAACAUCAACAGAUUCUGAAAGCUGAAGUAGUGGAUGGUGUCCUGACUAACUUUAUAACAAAGAUCAAUAUUAACUUGGGAGAACAUGCCACUCUUCAUGUGCCGAAUAAUAUGACAGUGAGUGGCUGUACUGUUGACCUUAGUGGCAUGGUUACCUUCAACAACCUGGUUGUAGAAAGUGGAGGAGAGGUGAUCCUGAAUCCCACCUCAAUGACAGCCAGUUACACAGAUAGUGGUUAUGACAUCAGUACUUCUGAAGCAGGAGUAUACACACUAAACUAUCUUGCAUUGAAGGCUGGAUCAACUUUCAGUCCAUCUGUUGGAUUACAGCUGGUUGCAGUAACUGUUGAGAUUAAAAGGAACAUUGUAUUUUAUGCAGAUUUUGCUGAUUUGAAAGUUGGUACCUUGACAAUGGAGAGGGGAGCUGAGAUCAAUGUUGGAGGAGUAGGAUUAAGUGAUGAUGCAGUUCCAGCAACAGCUCAUGGGACAGGUCUCAAUGGUGGAGCUUAUGCCAGUGAAGGUGGAGUUGGAGAAAAUAUAACAAUAGAUCAAGCAGCUACACCUUAUGGUUCUAUCUACCAAACACUUCUACCAGGAAGCAAUGGUGGGAAUGGGGGUAAAGGUGCUGGUUAUAUCUCCAUUCAAGCUGAUGUAUUUACCCUGAAUGGCAACCUCCGUGCCAAUGGUGGUAGUUCUGACACUGGAGGAGGAGGAAGUGGUGGAAGUAUCUAUGUCAACACUAUCUCCUUGUUCAGAGGUUUUGGAUUGAUAGAAAGUAAUGGAGGGGACACAACUAACUCUGCUGCAGGUGGUGGUAGUGGUGGUAGAAUUGCAGUUUAUACAGAAAAUGAUGAAUUCUCGAGUGAAGGUACCUACCGGGCAAAGGGAGGGGAAUCUCCAGCAACAAAUGGACGAGGAGGACCUGGGUCAAUUUACACUGGUGUUGGCAGUGGUAAAAAUCUUGUAGAAACAUUGACAGUAGAUAAUGAGAAUGAACAGCUGAACUUUUACUUAACUUUGAGUGAAUCUAUUCAUGAUAUUACAUUUGAUUACUUGAAUGCCAAAACUUAUGCCAAGCUUCAAAUGAUUGAAGACGAAAAUCAGAGAACUCUUGACAUUAACAGCGUGGUUGGAGAUGAAACUGGAUUGAUCAGAAUACGUCAAAAUCAGAUUGGUACCCUGGACAGAUCUUCAGCAGAUUCUCUCAUUUCUAAACUACAGGUUAAUCUUGAACUUUAUAAUGGUGGUGAGUUUAUUUUAUCUGAGACAACAACUAUACUAGGUAAAGCAUCAACAGCUUUAGAUUUAGAUGGUGUCAUGACAGGAGUUGUUAAUUUGAUCCUUGGGCCCGAAAGGCAUAUGAGAAUGGGAUCCAAUGCUAAAAUUGUUGCAUCUUCUGGUUCUACAUCUACUGCAAGGGUCUCAUUUGGAUAUCUACAACUUGAUCCAGGUAGUACUUUAGACUUUGAUGAAAAUACUGGAGCUGAAAUGUUAGUUGGAACCUUGAGUGUUAAAUACAAGUCCAAGAUAACAGCAGAUUAUUUUGAUAUUUCAUGUACCACUUUGAACAUAGAAUUGGAAGGUGCUAUGUCAGCUGCAAGUACUAAUCGUCCUGAUUCAGAAUCUAUAGAUACAGACCUUGGUAAGGCUGUAGGGUAUGGUGGAGCAGGCCAUUCAGGAAUAGGAGGAGGAAAUUCUACAUCUUCAGGCGAUUCCUAUGGAUCUAUUUAUAGACCGAACAAUCCUGGCAGUCGUCCACGAGACAAUGGAGGUAGAGGAGGAGGUAAGAUCCAUCUUCAAGCUGGAUACCUUGUGUACAACGAUGGUGAGAUCUCUGUCAAUGGUAGUGAUUCUGAUUAUGGUGGAGGUAGUGGUGGUAGUAUCUGGAUACAGACAUAUUCAUAUGAUGGGUACGGUACAUAUUCUGCCUGUGGAGGUAGCAGCACUGGUCAGUAUGGUGCAGGAUCCGCUGGAAGGAUUGCAAUUAUAUCUACAACCCAGAUGACCUUUGAAGGGAUUUAUUUAGCAUUUGGUGGAGAUGCUGAUUCUCCUGCGAAUACAGGAGCUGCUGGAUCAGUAUAUCUAGAGGACAAAAGAAAAGGUGUAGCCUUUAGAAGGCUCCAACUUGACAAUGCUGGAAGAUCUAUUGAGAAAUAUUCCACCAUUGAAGAAGAUUCCCAAACUGACUUUUAUUUCGAAGAACUCCAACUUAUGAAUCAGGCUAGUUUACACAUAAGGGACACAGGAACGGCAAUAUUUACAGAUGUCAGACAACUAAUUGGCGACCGCAGUGGACUCUUACAUAUUCAUGCAAAUCAACGCUAUGUUGCUGAAUAUGAAGAAGGGGUGCGACAAGCUUUCACAUCAGGAAUCAAUAUUAUUAUUGAUGAGGAAGGGGAGAUAAUUCUUCCAACUAAUACCUAUGUAUAUGGCACUGGUGUCACCUUCUCAACUUACCCAGAGCACCGAUCAGUACAAAUAUUUGGACGAAUUACUGGUGUUUCUAAUUUCAUCUGUGGCUUUGAGACAGUUGUGUACAUUGGAGAGAAUGGUCAUACUGCAAUGUUAGGAGACGGGACGUACACUGAUAAAGGUAAAACUUAUCUUAAAAAGGAUGAUGAUGGUAAAACAACUUUUGGAUCUGUUGACCUCAGAGCUUUGUCUGGUAUCAAGUAUGCUCCUGAUGUACCAAUGCUUAGCAGUGUUGGACGUAUUGAUUGUCGAUAUAACUCAUUCAUUUCUGCUGAAAGUAUAUUCAUCAAUACAAGUACAUUGAAUGUAGAAGCAGGAUCAGAGAUUACUGUAUCAGCAACAGACAGACCACUUGAUACCCUUGAUGAAAUGACUGGAAGAGGAAUUGACUUUGUUGUAAACACUUCAGAUGUAGCCACUGGUGGAGGACAUGGUAGUGCAGGAGGGGGGAUAUACAACCAGACUGAUAAAACAGUAAUCCUAGAAGGAGGAGAUUAUCAUGGGGGUCUCUAUACACCAUUAUCUAGAGGUAGUGCUGGAGGUGAUGGUCUAGAAGGAGUAGGUGGAAAAGGUGGAGGUGUAAUAGAACUAAAUGUGGGCACAGAACUGUAUAUAGAUGGUGAAAUUAAGGCAGAUGGUUCCAAGGGAGAAUCUAUGACUGGUGGAGGAAGUGGUGGUAGUAUUUAUAUCAAAUCCAAUGAUCUGGAAGGACAUGGGAAAAUCAGUGUUGGCGGUGGUGAUGGUGGCUGUGGUGGCUCAGGUGGUAGGAUUUCUCUAAACCUGGAUACAGAAAUCAACUUUAAUGGAAAAUACAAUCCUCUGGGUGGUGCUGGUCAGCAAGGCUAUAUGUCAGAUGGAGGUCCUGGUGGGGUCUACAUUAAAGAUAUCAGAAAUAGUCGUACUUAUGAACAACUUCAUCUAGACAACAACAAGCGCACAUGGGACCACUACUUUAUUUUGGAUGAGCCAGGGAAAACUGACUACUUCUUCAAUGAUGUGUACAUGUAUAAUAAUGUGUCUCUCCAACUAAAAGAUGGGGACAGUGUUUCUAGGGUACUUGAUGUUGAUAAAUUUUAUGGUGACAAAACAAGUCGUUUUCAUUUGAAAGGGGAUCAUGUUGCUUAUUUGGAAUAUGUCCAGUCCUUAACAAAAACACCAAUUAAUUUAUGGGUGGAUGAGGGAGGAACAGCUUACCUAUCCAGACUAGUCUACAUGCUUGGACUAGGAGAAAUAGCUUUUCGAUGGAAUGGUGAAAUUAUUGGCACACGUCAUCUGAGAAUUGUUCCUGGUAGAAUGAUCAGCAUUGGACAGAUGGCAAGAACAAGUUUUGUAGAGAAUGGUGUAAAGACUGAAGGUGUAGCUGGUUGGUUUAGAUUUGCAUCAUUAGAGGAAGGUGCUGAGGCUGUAAUGGUUUUACCACCUCCCAUGGGACUUAAACUGACUGUCGGAACUAUCGAUAUAAAAUAUGGUGCAGAAUUCAGAGCUGAUACAUUUGAUAUAGAAGCCACAAACUUUUAUGUAGAACCGUUGGCUAGAUUCCUAUGUACAGGCACGGCUUCUACAACAACUGGUUCCCCAACACAACUGUAUUCUGGUGCAGGACAUGGUUCACAAGGGGGAGGUCAUAGUGUUGAAAUACCAACAACAACAACCACAACCACUGAAGAACCAACAACAACUGAACCUGAAAUAACUACCAUGAAGGAAAUAUCAACCACAACUACAGUUACAACAGUCUGUACCUCCGUAACAUCAUGUGAUAAUACAACUAGCUGUGAGAAUUCUACAGAGUGUGAACAGCCAGUUGUCUGUACUUACAACUAUCAGUGUGAAAAUACAACCGUGUGUGAUAACGGAACAGAGUGUGAAAACAUAACACAAUGUAUGAAUACAACCCAGUGUGAUGAUAUAACCUAUAACUGUAUGAAUUCUACCUGUUGUCAGACUAUUACCACUUGUGAUGAAGUUGAAUUGAAUGAAACAGUUGCUAAAACAACAGUGGGAUUGACAUAUCCAGCCAAUUUCACCACAAGGACUACACCCAUUCCAACAACUACGACUAUUAUAACAACAACGCCAGAACCUGUAUUUGAUGUCACCAUAUCUGGAGGAUCAGGCUAUGGUUCCUUGUAUGAGCCAACAGAAACAGGGAGCCAGGGUGGAGCUGGUAUCAGUAAUGUAGAAGGUGGGAAGGGUGGUGGUAGAGCUAAGAUAACAGUGGGAACCCUGAUGGUCCUGGAUGGAUCUAUAGAGGCUGAUGGUGAUGAUGGUAGUAACCUUAGUGGAGGUGGCAGUGGUGGAUCUGUUUGGAUAAUUACAAGUGAACUAAGAGGUCAUGGUCUGGUAUCUGCUAAUGGAGGUCAAGGUCAUUCAACAAGUGGAGGCGGAUCUGGAGGACGUAUUGCUGUGCACACAUCCACAUACAAUGAGUAUGGUGGAGAACUUCUAGCCUAUGGAGAAACAGGAACAUACUAUGGUGACCGUGGAGGUCCAGGCACAGUCUUUGUUGAGGAUGAGAUUGCAGAGUUUGUUUAUGAAAGCAAGCUGUAUCUGGAUGGAAGAAUGUUGGCUGUUCCUAAACCAGUUGUCGUCAACCACCGAAAUCCCAGACAUGCAUCAGAUAAUGAGACUUUGGAUAAUAAUGCUGAUCUUAACUUUGAUCAUCUCAUGUUGAAUAACAUGGCCAUGUUAGAAAUUGCUGAUGGAGGUAUUGAUAUAGAUGUUAUUAAUAUUGGACUGGUAUUGGGAGAUAUGUCAGGAUUCAUACACAUCCAGAAUGGUCAACAGUUCUAUAUAGAAUUUGAUGCCUACAGUGUUUUCAGAUCAUCUCCACCAAGUAACUUUAUUGUCGACAAUGGAGGGGAGAUGUGGACAUCCUCUGACCUCAGGUUGAUUGGUAUAGGUGAUGUGACCCUUGACCUAGAUGGACACUUGGCAGGAGCUAUGAACUUGACACUGGAGGAAGGCAGAGUUGUAACAAUAGCAAAAACUGCAACCAAUAGUAGAUGGAUAGGAGGAGAAUAUGUUACACUAGAAGGGGGCACCAUUGCUUUUGGAAAGUUAUCUCUACAAGCUGAAGCAGAAGUUAUUCAUGAUGGUGUUUUGAACCUGGAGGUGUCUGAUAUAAUGAUGAGAUAUGCCUCCCACAUUAAUGCUGACAAUAUAACUAUUGAGGUUGGUAGCCUACAUAUGGAGGGAGAGGCUAAGAUCAACACAACUGGAAGGAGUGUGGUUUGGGAAGGACCAGGAGAUGGUUGGAUUGAUAAUGAAGGAGUCGGUGUUGGUGGAAGUCAUGGUGGAUUUGGUGGAGGAAACGUUGCUUCCAAUUAUUCAAAUACUGAAUGUUAUGGAUCAUACAAGAAGCCACUACAUCCAGGCAGUAAAGGAGGGGGAGCCAAUGGAGCACAAGGAGGAGGAGUUAUUAAUAUGAAUGUGGCAAGAUCACUGCAUUUAGAUGGAUUACUUAUGAGUCUUGGUGGCAAUGCCACAGGAAGCAACAGUGGAGGUGGUAGUGGUGGCAGUAUCCAUGUCAAGGCAGUUAAUUUCUCUGGACAUGGUCAGGUGACAGCUGAGGGUGGAACAGGAUAUUAUUGGGGAUAUGGAGGAGGAGGUGGCAGAAUUGGGGUUCACAUUUCUUAUUUCAGGGAGUACACUGGUGAUUACAUAACCUUUGGCGGCUACAGCGGCUCAAAAAGGUCAGAUGAUGAUUGCAAUGGUGCAGGAGGUACAUCCUACUUUACAGACUCCAACACUGGACUGACAUCAAAAGAAUUUGUUAACACAUCUGAAGGUAUUGUCUAUAAAGAUGGAUUUGUCAAGCUGUAUAUUGACAAUGACAAUCGAAAUCUCAUCUCACCAGCAGUCAUAACAACAGAUGAUGGAAACAAUGAAUUUGAAUUUGACGAACUGGAGGCCAAUAAUCAUGCUGUGCUACAGAUGUAUGGAUCCUCAUCAGAACUCGUGGUCCACAAAUUUGAUGGUGAUAGAACAGGACUGAUGCAUAUAUUGUCAGGACAGGUCAUUCAUGUGGAGUAUGUUGAAUCAACUACAAGUUUCACUGUCGCACCAGUCAGCUACAAAAUAGAAAGUGGAACAGAAGUGGUGUUACCAUCCACUGUUAUCAUGUUAGGAACAAGAUCUGAGAUGGGAGGUUUACUCACCAAUGUUCAGAAUUUAACGAUAGCUGAAGGAGCAGAUGUUGAGUUCUAUUCUACAUCUCAGACUGCCUUGAGAGAAAAUGGGUCAUAUGUUCACAUGACUAAAAAAGGAAAUAUUAGUUUAACAAUUUUCACUAUUCAGCGAGGAUCUGUUGCCCGAUUUACUGUUUCUGAACAUGAACUCACACUCCAAGUUAUUGAACUGAACAUCAAAUUUGAAGGCAAAAUGUACAUGACUGAUGGCACUAUCUAUUCGGAUAAUGGCAAUAUUGAAAGUAAGGCUAUGCUUAGUGUAGACUUCAUGGGUUAUGAGGCACAGUCAGGUCUUGGAAAUGCCACAUCAAAUUAUGGAGCAGCUCAUGGUGGCCAUGGUGGAGCUACAUAUCCUGAUACUGGUGGCAUUCCUCAUGAUUCAUUGUACAAACCUCUGCAUCCAGGCAGCGGUGGUGGCAGUGGAAAUAGUGGUGGAACAGGUGGUCGUGGCGGUGGAUACUUAAUUUGGUAUGUUGGUGAAGUAUUGUGGGUAGACGGAGAGAUAACAUUACAGGGAGAGAAUGGUCAGGGUACCAGUGCAGGUGGAGGUAGUGGAGGUGGUCUGAUACUAGAUGUCAUGAACUUUACUGGUUAUGGACAUAUCGACCUGAGUGGAGGAAACGGCUCAGACUCUGGUGCUGGAGGUGGUGGUUCUGGCGGUCGCAUGUCUAUAUUCAUCCAUUUUUUCAGAAGAUAUGCUGGACUACUGAACACAAGAGGUGGAAUUGGAACUGGUGGAAUGCCAUCAGGAGCUGCUGGUACUGUGUACAUUGAAGAAACAGAUAGAGGACCAGAUUAUGAAGAUUUCAAAUAUGACAAAGUGAGAAAUGAAACUGUACGAGUUGGUAACCACCGUAGGAUUGAGAUUGAUAAUAAUGACAUUGAUGAACAUCUGUAUGUAGACCACGGAGAACCAUGGCUUUACUCAUCUCUAAAUGAAGGAGACACUGACAGUUAUACAUUUGAUGAAAUGGAUCUUAGAGGUCAUGCCAACUUAAUCAUUGAUUACCCAGGGGCUUUUGAUCCAGUGAAAGUCAUUGUACAUGAAAUGCAGGGAGACUUAACAGGAUUGAUACAUAUCAGAAUAGAACAGACUUUAUAUGUGGAAGUUGUGGAAUCCAUUUCAAAUGAAACCUAUGCACCUGUCAGCUUUAAGAUUGAUGCAGAUUCAGAAGUUCUUUUCCCAGAAAUGGUCAAUCUUGUAGGCAGAAGGAACUGGUUUGCUGGCCUGAUAACAGGAAUACAAGAAUUGUUCAUCAGAAGAGGAUCAGAUGUGAGAUUUUUCUCCACAGGUCAUACUGCUUUACUUGAGAAUGGUACCAGGGUGCAGGAAACUCAAAAAGGUAACUUUGAAUGGUCCAUACUAGAGGUAGGAAGGAACUCAAAAGCAAACUUCCAACAGAUUGAAAAUCCAAUGACAAUCGUAUGUGCUGAAUUUCUAGUUAAAUAUGAAGGCCUUCUCCUGAUGAAUCUUGCAUUGAUUAAAUCCAGUUAUGCCCAUGUUGAAGCUGAAGGAGAGUUUAAUCUUAAUGCUGUUGGAAAUCCUGCAGAGACUGGUUAUGGAAAAGGUUGGACGGAAGGUUCAAUUGGUUGGGGAGCUGGCCAUGGAGGCUGGGGAGGAGGACCAGAACCAAAUUUUGGUGGUAUACCAUACAAUUCUGUCUUCAAACCAGGUAAUGGGACUGCCUAUCCAACCAUGGAGUAUGCUGGUAGUGGUGGAGGCAAUGGAGGAGGAAUUGGUGGGGCAGGUGGUGGAUUCCUGGUCUGGGAAAUUGGUUCCAUAUUAGAAAUGAAUGGAAUUUUGUCUUUAGAUGGAGAAGAUGGAAAUGGAGCAAAUUCAGGAGGUGGAAGUGGUGGCAGUUUGUUGAUCGAGGCUUUAAAUAUGACAGGACAUGGUGAAGUCUUGGUUGCUGGUGGUAAUGGUGUUGGUAGUGGUGGUGGUGGAGCAGGAGGAAGGAUCGGUGUACACUGUGAAUGGAGGUACUCCUAUGGUGGAGAAUAUCACAAUUAUGGUGGUGAUGGCGGAGGGUCAUACUCCUCGUCCAGAGCUGGAGCUGCAGGAACUACAUUUGUACAAGAAAAUACAAGACCUAUAGAAUAUAGAGCGAAGAAAUAUGACCCUGUGCAUAACAUGACAUACUUUGAUGUAGACUUUAAGUAUGUACACACUGACAACUUACUGAAGUACAGUCCUGCUCCAACACUGAUUAAUGAAAACAAAACUGUCAACUAUGUCUUCAAUGAAUCAGAAAUAACUGGAAGCUCACGUCUCAAAUUUUAUCAUCCAGAUAAUAAUACAAGAGUAGAUGUGGAUAUUCAUUUAUUUAUAGGAGACAAAACUGGAAUUUUGAUUAUUCAAAGUGCACAACAUGUGAAAGUAGAAGUGACUGAGGCUAUUCUAAACAAGACUGAAGCACCAUGUGGGUUUGAAUUACAUGAUGGAGGAGAAAUAAUAAUGCCUGCUGAGACCCAUUUACAUGGAGCAAAUAGUACCUUUGCUGGACUUAUAACUGGAGUAGCUGAGUUAUAUGUAGAGGAUGCAACUGACAUUGAAUUUCACUCCACAGCAUAUACGGCCUUGAUUGAAAAUGGCACAUACUACAAUGUUAAAGAACCAGGGAACUUUGCUUGGGACAAUUUCAUUGUAAAGAAAGGUGGAACUGUAGGAUUUUUAAAAAUAACAGAUGUGAUGCAUAUGUGGAACAGUGAAACAAGAGUCAAAUAUUUUGGAAAUCUGUAUAUGAAUGAUGCUGUCAUUGACUCUUCUUAUGCCUGGAUUGAAAGUGAAGGAAUAUUCCACCUAAAUGGACAUGGUCAUGAACCUGAAGAGGGUUAUGGAGCUGGUGUUACAAUUAGUGGAGAAGGCUAUGGGGCCAGUCACGGUGGUUAUGGGGGAGGGGCUAACUCUUCAUCAUCAGCAGAACCUUAUGGAUCAGUGUAUGACCCGGACCUGUUUGGUAGUGGAGGAGGAAAUGGCAAUGGAGUUGGUGGUAGUGGUGGUGGUAUAUUGCACUGGAACAUCAGCCAGAGAUUGGAACUAAAUGGUUUACUAGCUUUACAAGGUACAGAUGGUGUCUCUGGUAACAGUGGUGGUGGAAGCGGUGGCAGUGUCAACAUGUUUACUACAAACUUCACAGGACACGGUGAGAUUAAUGUCCAGGGUGGUAAUGGUGCUGGAACAAUAGGAGGAGGAGGUGCUGGAGGAAGGAUUGGUGUCCAUUGUAGAUACAGAUAUAGCUUUGGAGGGAAAUUCACUAACCGGGGUGGUGAUGGUGGAAGCAGCAAUGUCCUGACUCAUGGUGGUGCAGCUGGAACAUCUUAUGUUGAAAAUAAUUUCCGACCAUUAGAAUACAGAAUCUUAAAACAUCUCAAAGGAACUAAUACCAGCUACUUCCAAGUUGACCAUCGUUAUGUCCAUAUUGAUAAUGUUGGAAACUUAGUUCCUGUUCCAACUAUGAUUAUGGUUAAUGAGACAACUGACUAUGAAUUUGAUGAAUUUGAAGUAACAGGAUAUUCAAGAGUGAUAUUUUAUCAUCCAGAUAAACCUGUUGAAGUUAUUAUUCACGUGGUUAAAGGUGACAGAACUGGUCAGAUACAUAUGAGAUCUGACCAAACAGUGUAUAUUGAGUAUAUAGAAUCACUCAGCAAUGUAACAGAAGCCCCUGCUAGUUAUAUCAUUGACUAUGGUAGUGAGGUUAUUUUCCCAACAGAAGUUCACAUGCAGGGAACGAACACCACUAUUGAAGGAAUAAUGACAGGUGUCCAUCAUAUUUAUGUGGAAGAUGAAGCUGUAGUUAGUGUAACAGCUACCUCACAGACGGCUCUACUGGAUAAUGGCACAUAUGUGUUCAUCUCGUCAGAAGGAAACUUCUCUCUUCCGACUAUCAACAUCAAACAGUCGGGAACUCUUGAAUUUAGAAAGAUUACAAAUGAUAUGACAGUAACAGCUUCCUUUUUGGAAAUCAAAUAUCAAGGUACAAUGUUGAUGAAUCAUGGUUAUAUUGAUGCUGGAGAGGUGGACUUGGAACCAGAAGGGGAGAUAAAUCUAGAUGGUAGGGGAUAUGAAGCAACGGAAGGUUUAGGUGUAGGAAGUAGUACUGCAGGAGGUAGUUAUGGUGGUGUAGGAGGAGGAGCUGAUGAUUCUUACCCCCAUGGGUCUCUGUUUUCACCAAAAGAUCUUGGCAGUGGAGGUUCUGGAGGGAGCAGUGCUGGGUCUGGAGGAGGAUAUCUUCACAUGAAGGUUGGAAGAAACAUCCAUGUGGAUGGUGUCAUUAGUGCCAAUGGAACAGAAGCCACCAGUGGCAGCACUGGUGGUGGAAGUGGUGGCAGUUUAUUUGUAGAGGCCUACAACAUUUCUGGACAUGGUAUAAUUGCUGUACAUGGAGGUGAUGGAAGUGGCACAGGUGGAGGAGGAAGUGGAGGUAGAGUGGCUCUACAUGUUGGUUCUUUUAAUUUGUAUGGAGGGGCCUAUCUUUCACGAGGAGGCAAAGGAUCUAGUGAUGGUGGACCGGGAACUAUCUUCAAGUAUGAAUCACAGAGAGGUCCUACAUAUAGAGAACUGAAAUAUAAUCCACGACUUAAUAAGACUAUGAUUCAACCAGAGCAUUCAAAAUUAUUAGUAGAUAAUGGUGACUUAACAACAGACAACCCAGCCAUGGUAAUGGAAAACAAUAGUGUGUAUUAUGAAUUUGAUGAGGUUCAAGUGGAGGGAUACUCAUAUGUGCACUUCUAUCAUCCUAAAGGAACUAAAAAUCUAACUGUGAUUAUCCAUGAACUUACAGGUAACAAGAAAGGUCUUGUUCGUAUCCAGAAGCGACAACAAGUAAUUGUUAACUAUAUAGAAUCUACUCAUACAUACCUUGAUGCUCCUUGUGGUUUCCAUGUUGAUAUUGGAGGAGAACUAGUAAUGCCAACUGACUUCAUAUUGACAACUGAAAGAUUUAUUCUUAGUGGAAGAAUGGUUGGAGUAGAAAAUCUUUACAUAGAACGUAAUGCAGAACUAACAAUAUCUGAACAAGCUCACACAAGCCAGAUUAAAUCUCUGGUCAUGUGGUAUACAGAAAUGCCAGAGACUAGUUAUGCUCCAGGGUUAAUUGCUGUUGGAACUUUAGAUGUGAAAAAUCUAGGGAAAAUAACUGUGACUAUUGAUCCUUUGAUUCCAACAUUCCAAGUAGGAAAUCUAACUGUGAAGAAUGGAGGUACUGUAGAAACUGACACUUUGAAGGUCACCUUAAAUGCUACCAUGAUAACAGUAGAAAAAGGUGGAACUGUUACUGGUGAUGGUCAUGGCUAUGGAUUUGAGGAGGGUGAUGGAGCAGGUAUCAGAUCUUCCCAUGAUUCAUCUGGAGCUGGACAUGGCAGUGCAGGAGGCAGAAGUUAUGACACAACCACAGUUGGCAAUCAGUAUGGAUCAGUAUUAACAGCAUCUGAACCUGGAAGUGGAGGAGGUGGUACCAGUGGUGGAGCAGGUGGCAGUCAUAUCACUAUCAAUGUAGGGGAGACCCUACAUUUGGAUGGUAGUAUAUCUGUGGGUGGAGAGAAUGGACUGGCAAGUACAUUUAAUUCUGGAGGUGGUAGUGGUGGCAGUGUGAUGAUAACAGCUUACAGUCUCAGAGGGUAUGGUCAGUGUACAGCUAAUGGUGGUCAAGCUUUCUCUGGUACAAUGAGUAGUGAAUUUUAUGCAAAUGGAGGUGGUUCAGGAGGAAGAAUAGCCAUAUACUUGUCAGAAUACAUGUUGUUUAAUGGAGAUCUAGUGGCUACAGGUGGCAAUGCUUACUACCCUGGUGGUCCGGGUACUGUCUAUGUUCAGUCACAUGUUGCUGACAACAUGCACAAGGAGUUAUGGAUAGAUAACUUAGGCAGAGGUGAUGAAAACAGCUGUGAUUACCGCACAGAGAUAGACAAUAUUGACCUAGAUGUGAUCCACAUGGAGAACAGAGCUUGUGCAGUACCUACUAAUACACCUUUGUAUGUUGGUCACGUACACAGUGGAACAGGAUUACUACAAGUUGAAGCUGGUAUUUCUGUAAAGAUUUCUACUUCCAAACUAAAGGAUACUAUUGGAGCUAACUUAUAUGGUAUGAAAGAUUCCAAAAUCAUGUAUGCAUCCACAAUCUUCAUAGAACAAACAAUGACCAUCUAUGGAACCAUGACUGGGUUAGAUCACUUAUACACAAGAGGAACAAGCAGGUUAACUAGUGUUGGCAAUUUGAUGGCCAAUUCUGGUGAAGAAAUAACAGGAGCAUAUCAGUUAACAUCAGCUACAGUGCUUGCUGGAGGUAAAAUGGCAUUAAAUGAUACGGACUAUACAACAGACAAUGGCGUAUACCUAGUGGCUGACUUUAUCCACGUUGAACAUACUGGUUUGUUUGAAAUUUAUCCAUCUGGUACUGUAUUUGGUGGUGUGUUUGACGUUGAGAAGUCCAGCACUGUCCUAGGACUGAGGCUUGGGUACCCACCAGCCUCUGGACCAGGAGCUGGAAGCUCUUGUAGUGGAGCUGGUGGAGCUGCCCAUGGGGGUAAUGGAGGUCGUGGUUACAGUAACUGUCAUUCAUAUUGUUAUGGUAGUACAUCUACAUAUGACGAAGUCUGUCUGCCAAUCACUGCUGGAAGUGGAGGGGCACGUGGUAGCCACUAUUUGGCUGAAGGAGGAUGGGGAGGCUCAGCUAUCAAGGUCAUCACCAGAAAUGCCAUGUAUUUGGAGGGAACAGUUGAUAUGGACGGUGCAAAGGGAGUGUCUGGUGGUGCUGGUGGCAGUGGUGGCUCUGUGUGGCUGGAUAGUGAGAUUAUUGAGGGAUGGGGUGAAGUGACAGCCAAUGGAGGUGGUGGUUCCAAUGCCUAUUACAACUGUUACUACUAUGGUGGUGGUGGUGGAGGAGGUAGAAUUAGAACAUAUACUGGAAACUAUACACACAAGGUCUUAUACAACCAACGUUAUGUCAGUGGUGGAUCAGGUAACUAUGGAAGUGGAGGCACUGGAUCUCUUUGUGAUUCAUCUGGUGGUCUCUGCAGUAAUCAUGGAUCAUUCGUGUCAGGUGCUUGUAGCUGUGAUUCAGGGUAUGUUGGUAUGGACUGCCAGUACAACUGCACUGCUGCUAUAACUUGUUCAGGACAGGGAAAAUGUGCUCAAGAUGGAACUUGUAUUUGUGAAGCAGGCUAUGUUGGGCAUCGAUGUGAUAGUAACUGCCAUGAUGAUACAACUUGCUCUGGAAAUGGAAAAUGUACUGCUAUUGGAACUUGCAUCUGUGAUCCUUGUUACCUUGGUGAUGACUGUUCUGUCCUUUGUGGAGGUCAAGGACAAUGUGUUGGGGACAAAUGUGAAUGUGAUGAAUGCCAUCUUGGAGAGUUCUGUGAAUCAGAAUGUAAUGAUCAUGGUAGCUGUGUUGAUGGUAUCUGUAGUUGUACUGAUAACUGGCAGGAAGAUAAAUGUACCAGACCAGGGUGUCCUUCCAUCAACACCCAGUCAUGCUCUGGACAUGGUAUCUGUCUGGCAGGCAUUGGUACAUGUGUCUGUGAUCCUGGAUGGUCAGGCCCUGAUUGUGGAUCUCCCGAUUGUCCUGGUGAUCCUAACUGUAAUAGUCAUGGAUACUGUAAUACAACCUUUGACCCACCUCAAUGUUCGAACUGUGAUGAUGAAUGGGCAGGAUCAGCCUGUGGGGAUCCAUGUGUAUAUGGCUUACCUGAUGAUCAAAAUAUUUGUAUCUGUGAAAAGAUAUGUUACCAUGGUACUGGUUGUGACAUAGAAUGUUCAGGGAAUGGUGUGUGUGCUAAUGAUGGAAGCUGUUACUGUGAUCCAUUGGUUGGCUGGAGUGGAAAAUAUUGUGAAGUACCAGGAUGUCCCAGACAUCCUUCUACUGAUGUUGAGUGUAGCGGACAUGGUGACUGUAACAGUGAAGAUCGUGAAUGUAAAUGUUUUAGAGGAUGGAUUGGUGCUGCUUGUCAUAUUGCUGACUGUCCUGGAACACCAGACUGCAAUGACCGUGGUAUUUGUGAUGAAUGGAAUUUUGAUCCUCCAGAAUGUCAGAAUUGUACCGGAGACUGGAUGGGACCAGCUUGUAAUGAUCCUUGUGUUAAUGGUACAGAGACACCUAUCAACUCUGGAAACUGUCAAUGUGAUCCUGGUUUUGCUGGAGUCGGAUGUGACUCAGAAUGUUCUGAGAAUGGUAAAAUUGUAAAUGGAGAGUGUGAAUGUGAUUAUGUCACCGGAUGGAAAGGAGAUUUAUGUGACAUUCCUGGAUGUCCUGGAUUAUUUAAAUUGGACUGCUCAGAUAGAGGUGGAUGUGAAAGUGCCACACAUACAUGUACAUGUAGACCAGGAUGGACUGGUAUUGGAUGUGAGUAUGCUGACUGUGCUGGUACCCCUGACUGUAAUGACCAUGGUUUAUGUGAUGAUAGUGAAGAUCCACCUGAUUGCAAAUGUGAUGAGAAAUGGUUUGGUCAUUCUUGUGAGGAACCAUGUGUCAAUGGAUUUGUCUCCCCUCAGUAUAGUGACAACUGUACCUGUAAUACUGGAUGGGCAGGUGUCAACUGUGACUCCGAGUGUUCUGAUCAUGGCACUAUAGUUAACAAUAAAUGUGAAUGUGAUGUUGGUUGGCGAGGUGACCUCUGUGAUGUCCCAGGAUGUCCUGGGAUUGGUAAAGACUGUACAGGGCGUGGCAUCUGUAAUACAAUAUCACAUGUAUGUUCUUGUUUCCCCGGCUGGGGAGGUGAUGGAUGUGAGUAUGCUGACUGUCCAGGAAAUCCUGAUUGUAACGAAAGAGGAACGUGUAACUCUACACAUGACCCUCCUAUCUGUCUGGAUUGUAUAUCUGGUUGGAUGGGAGCUGCCUGUGCAGACCCAUGUGUACAAGGAACACAGGUACCUGCCAACAGUGGAUUCUGUAGUUGUGAGCCUUGCUAUGCUGGAUUAGGGUGCAACAGUGAAUGUAAUGAUAAUGGAAAAUGUAACGGUACAACUAAUUCCUGUGAUUGUGAUGUGGGAUGGCGUGGUACCAAAUGUGAAGUUCCUGGAUGUCCUGGUGAGACUGAAGAUUGUACACUGCAUGGAAAAUGUAACACAGCAAAUCAUCUGUGUACCUGUGUACCUGGUUGGACUGGAGAUGCCUGUGACAUUCCUGACUGUCCUGGUGGCUGUGAAGGCAAUGGUUUCUGUAAUGGCACAGAUAGGGUUCUACCUGAAUGUGCAUGCCUUGAGGGCUGGUACACAGAAGACUGUAGUAAACCCUGUGAGAAUGGCUGGGUGAAUGCUGACAACAGCUUUUGUAACUGUUUUGAUUGUUAUACUGGAGCAGGUUGUGAACUGGAAUGUUCUGGAAAUGGAAUAUGUGUUAAUGCAACAUGUGACUGUUUUACAACGGAACCAGGAAACAGCUGGGUGGGUGAGCUAUGUGAGGAAACUGGAUGUCCUGGGGAGGAUGGAGCAUGUAACCAACAGGGAAGUUGUAACAGUGCCCUGGGUGUUUGUACAUGUUACCCAGGAUGGAGAGGGGAUGACUGUGCCACACCCACCUGUCCUGGAACACCUGAAUGUAGUGGACCAGGCCAAGGAAACUGUACUGCUGGUGGCGUUUGUAAUUGUACAGCAGACUGGUUUGGAGACUAUUGUGAAAAGGCCUGUUACAAUGGGACUGGUAGUGGUGACAGCUGUGUGUGUGACAAGACCUGUGUCACUGGAGUACACUGUCACUUAGAAUGCUCAAAUCAUGGGAUAUGUGACGAUGCAGGCGAGUGUGAGUGUGAUUACUAUGGAAAAUGGGAUGGAGAAAAAUGUGACCAACCUAGUUGUCCAGGCUGGCCAAACCCAUGCCAAGGUCAUGGUACAUGUAACCAAGCUUCAGGAGAAUGUGAUUGUGACCCAUUCUGGUUGGGAGUUGCCUGUGAUACUCCUGAUUGUGAAGGAAGUCCAGAUUGUAAUGGAGUUAAUGCCACAUGUAUGGAACCACCAGAGGGCGGUGACCCAAGAUGUUUUGAUUGUGAGUACCCUUACAUGGGAGAUAGCUGUGAAUACAAGUGUAUAUAUGGAGUUGCAAUACGAUCCCUUGAUGGUGUAUGGACAUGUUCCUGUGAUCCUUGUUACUAUGGUGUGGAAUGUGAUGCAUUGUGUUCUGACCAAGGUACAUGUGUCAAUGGUACCUGUGACUGUGGAUUUGAUGGUUACCGUGGUGAUUUCUGUCAAAUAAAAGGUUGCCCCGGCUAUGAUGUAGACUGCUCUGGUAAUGGUGCAUGUAUAAGUGGAGAUUGCUUGUGUAACAGUGGAUGGCAGGGAAUUGGAUGCCAUCUUCACUAUUGUCCACAAGACUGUAAUGGUGCUGGAAGCUGUGAUGUUGUUGAGGGAGAACCUGUAUGUGUCUGUAAUGAUACUUACUUUGGUGCCGCUUGUCAAUACAAAUGUGAGCAUGGUGUAUACAAUGGAGAAUCAUGUGACUGUGAUCCAUGUUACAAUGACUUCUAUUGCACAGAACUUUGCUCUGGCACUGGGAACUGUACCAAUGAUGUGUGUGACUGUGGAUUUAAUGGAGGAAGGGGAGACUUCUGUGAAUUACCAGGUUGUCCAGGAUGGGAUGAAGAUUGUAGUGGUAAUGGUCAGUGUAAUGCUGCUGAUGGAAGUUGUUCAUGUUACGAGGGAUGGAAAGGUGAUGGAUGUGAACAAUCAAACUGUCCUGAUGACUGUAACUAUCGAGGUGUAUGUAACACUUCUCUAACUAGACCUAAAUGUACAAGUUGUGAAGUAGGUUGGAUGGGUGAGUCAUGUAAUGAAGCUUGUAACGGUAUCCAGGAACCAAUGAACAGUGGUAUUUGUGUGUGUGCUAGUCCCUGUAACUCUGGUGAUUCAUGUAGCAUUGUAUGUAAUAGUCAUGGAACAUGUGCCAAUGAUACUUGUGUUUGUGAGUAUGCGUACUGGGGUGACACAUGUGGAACUGCUUCAUGUCCUGGAGUGGAUGAGCCAUGCAGUGGUCAUGGCAACUGUAACCCUAUUUCCAGACAAUGUCGCUGCGAUGCAGGCUGGUCUGCCGAUACUUGUAAUGUUGCUGACUGCCCCGGAGAACCAGACUGUAAUGGUAAUGGUACUUGUAACACUGAUGGAGAUCUGCCUACAUGUAUCUGUAACGAUGGAUGGACAGGAGUGUCGUGUGCCUCCCCAUGUAUCCAUGGUACUCCACAGUCAGACUACUCCUGUCUGUGUGAACCAUGCUAUUCUGGAGUAGCUUGUGAUGUCCUCUGUGGUAGCCAUGGUGCCUGUGAUAAUGGAACCUGUGUUUGUGAAACAGCCUGGUGGGGAGACGAUUGUACUGACAGAGGUUGUCCAGGAGACACAGCUCAGCCAGAAUUGGGUAGUUGUACAUCUCGAGGUAUCUGUACUCUGAGUGACCAGACGUGUGACUGUGAUAACUGGUGGAAAGGGGACGGAUGUGAAACAGCUGACUGCUAUGGUGACCCUGACUGCAAUGGACUUGGUACAUGUGAUGUUGAAAACUAUUUCCCACCAAAAUGUGUCAACUGUAACAACACGAUGGGACCUGCAUGUGAAUAUCCAUGUGUACAUGGAGUAGAGUCUCCAGCCUUUUCUACAACUUGUGUGUGUGACCUUUGUUACUCAGAUUCAGGUUGUCAGACAGAAUGCUCCAAUGUCGGCCAGUGUAUCAAUGAGACAUGUAUUUGUGAAGAAGGUUACACUGGUGAUCACUGUGAAAUAACAGAUUGUCCAGGUGAACCAGAUUGUAAUACCUAUGGUCUGUGUAUAAGAAAAGACAAUGCCUCAGUUUGUGUUUGUAAUGGAGGAUUUGAGGGAGAGGACUGCUCUGAUUUCAUUUGUCCUGGCUCACCCAAAUGUAGUGGAAAUGGAGACUGUUUGUUAUUGGAAGGAAAUAUAGCUCCUGUGUGUGUCUGUGAGCAUGGUUUCACUGGUUUAUCUUGUGAUACUUGUGUUACUCAUUUUACUGGAUCCAGUUGUGAACAAUGUGAAGAAGGAUACAUUGGCUACAAUACAACAUGUAGUGUUCUAUGUCUUCAUGGUUAUGCCACAGAACUAGGUGGAGAUGUCUGUGAAUGUUAUGAUGACCAUACCAAUGGCCACUGGACAGGAGAAGCUUGUGAUGCAUGUGUUACUGGAUGGGGCUUACCUUUUUGUACUGACUGUGACCCAGAUUUUGUUGGUCCUGGACAUUGUACUAUACCAUGUACAGACAAGCAAGGAGAUUAUGCAGAUAUGUAUGACGGAUCAGGAGAAACGGAGGCUAUAGAAGUUAUAUUUAGAUGUUACACCAAUGAUGGUGAUGGAUCCUACACCGCUUGGUUUGGCUACAACAACGCCAAUGGUCAUAAUGUGUAUGUUACUGAUUCAGAUGAAAACUAUGUAUCAGGAAGCAUGACAUCCAUUGUUCCACCUACACAGUUUAGACCAGGAAUGACAGAAUAUGGCUUGUCUGUCAAGUUUGAUGGUACAUCAGAUGUGUCAUGGAAUGUGUUGUCCUCUUUUGCAAACAAAUGGUGGAGUACACAUUUGUAUACCACAGAUAUUGGAGACUCUUCAAAGAUUUGUACAUCAAUUCCACAUCUAGAUAAUGUUACUGAAGAAACUGGACACUGUAAAUGUUUCAAUGGUUACUAUGGAUCUGAAUGUCAAUAUGAAUGUCCAGGUGGAGCCUCCAAUCCUUGUUAUGGCAAUGGUGCAUGUAAUGCUACUGAUGGAACUUGCAGUUGCUAUGAUGGAUCAAGAGGAGAUGACUGUCAACCCUGUCAAGAUGGACAUGUGGGCACAGAUUGUUCAAUCAUCAAUACACUUACACAAACAACUGUUAAUAAUAAGUACACAUCUAAGCUUUUUUACCCUGGACAUUUUGAAACUUUUGAUGGAGCUAUUUAUAACAACCACAUUCCAGGAGAACAGACACUUAUUUCUGCACCACUAUCAUCAGGAACUAGUGUCAAGGUCAAUGUUUUACAAGUACCCAAUUCAGAAUUUUAUAACAGUGUUGGUGCACAGUCUGUAGGAAUACAAGUAGGUGAACAUACUGCUGUAGUGUCAGUACUGAAUGGGGUAGCAUCGACCUACAUAGAUGGUGAACCAGUAGUUGCAGGUGAUGGAGUAACUAUUGAUGGUGACAUACAACUGGUGCAAGUAUCAACAACAGGAUUUCAAGUGAAGGCUGGAGACGAAAUGACUAUUGACAUUGACACUUAUGAAGAUCACCUUGAUGUAUCCGUGGAAGCUUCACCAUCACUUUGUGACCAGAGUUCUGGCAUGUUGAGUAGCUGCAAUGGCAAUUCCUCGGAUGACUUUGUAACCGAAUCAGGUGAAACAUUAAUGGGUAGUACCCUAAGCACACAGUCCAUUCAUGAGAACUUUGCUGAGUCCUUUACAGCGAGUGGUUCAUCAAUGUUCAGUAGUAUUCUACCUGUUUCAAAUGCUGGUGGAUAUGGUCUAAAAACUAACAGGUCCAAUAUGGUGACAGAAACUCUGAAUUCAUUUACUGAGACAAAAUCAACCUUUGAGAUUAAAUUUAAACUGAAAGAAGCCACAACAGAAUGUCAGACUAUAUACUCUAAUAAGGUAGAUGAAGAUGUAUUCUCUACAUUGAUAUGUGAUGGCACCAUAUCUAUGCAUAAAAAUGGAGAAAUUCUAGACUUUGCAUCAUUGCUAGUAGAAGAGGAUAGAUGGUACAAUUUGGGCGUUGUAUGGAAUAAUGAUACACGUUUGAUGAAAACGUACCUCAUCAGAGAUGAUCUUCAGAUGAGUCAAGAAGUUUUAGAGAUUCCUGAUGAUGAUCCUAUCCCUGUUAAACCAGGAGGAGAUGUCAUGAUUGGCCAAUGGAAUUAUCCUAGUGAUGAUAGAACUGGUGUUAAUUGGAACUGUAUCUGUGAAUUUGACGAUUUGAGAAUCUGGAAAGAUGAAAGGACAGUAAAUGAAAUAAGACAGAAUGCUUUCAGUGUUUUGUCUGGUUCUGAAGAGGGUUUAUCAAAUAACUGGAACAUGAACUCAGGAACAGGAUCAACAUUGACAGACUCUGUAGGAGGAUUAGAGAUAACGAUGCCAAAUGAACCAUGGUCCCAGCCUGAACGAAUACUGGUAGAUUAUGUUGCAGAAAUCCCAGAUACAGGAAUAUAUGAUGUUUUCUCCCAUCCAGAUAAUAUCGAUCCAAGCCUUACCGAUUUCUGUAACCAGGCAAUCUACUCUGAAAAAUUCAAUGUUGCUUGUGCUGAUGAGGGACCACAGGUGCAAGAAUACAUGUACAAAGACUGUAUUUUUAAUGGUCAUGUCCUGAAAGACAAAGAUGAAACUAUGGAGGUAAUUUUGGCUUUAUCUGAGAUUUGUGGAAUAUCAGUUGAUGACCCAGAUUCACCAGCCAAAGAUUUUUGUAAUAGUUUUGGUUCAAGACAGUUCCCUGACUGGACAGGAGAUUCAUGCUCAUUCAUGUGUGUAUCUGGUACAUUCACAAAUUACAAGUGUGUAUGUGAUUUAGGAUACUGGGGCACUACCUGUAGUGAUGUCUGUCCGUUCUCACGUGGAUUACCCUGUGGAGGUGGAACUUGUUCUACAGUAGAUGGAACUUGUGAGUGUCUUGCUAAGUUUACUGGUGCAGAUUGUGCAGACUGUAGUACAGGAUGGUAUGGUGUUGAUUGUGAUGUUGCCUUGACAACUAUUCCAUCAUCAUCUUCAGCUUACACAUGUUCCCUGUUUGGACAAGGUCACUUUACCAUGUUUGAUGGUCAAAGUUACCAGUUAGAAACAUCUGGAGAAUUUCUGUUUUUGAAGAACUCAAUGUUGACAGUAUAUAUAAGACAUUUACCUUGUGCAGAGCAUCAGGCACUUUGUUUGAAACAGAUCUGGAUUGAAACUAAUUUAAAGAAUUUCACAGUUGCAUCACCAAUUUCAAGCAGUGGAAGUUCCCAGUUUUUCAUAAAUGAACAACAGAUAGAUCUUUCAGGAUCUUUAACCUUGACCCCUGAUGUUGAAGUAAUAGAAAAGAGUCCAUACACAGUAGAAAUAGUCUUUGGUGACAAUGUGAUAACCAUUAAGCAUGGUGGUUCUUUCCUGGAAUUAUAUGCUGAAUUUAAAACACCAUCUUGUAGCUCAGCAAUAGAAGGCCCAUGUGGAAAUUGUGACAGAAAUGUAAACAAUGACUUUGUACUUACUGGUGGUACAGUAGUACCUGUAACUGAUAUAUCAAAGGAUGUCAUCAAUGGAGAAUUUUUCAACAAUUAUAAGAUUGAUGUUGAGAGUACAACUGGUUUCCAAUACAAACAGGAUGGAAUAGAAGAACCAAAAGUACCAAGUGCUGGCAGCUUUUCUUUGGCAUUCAACGGCUCAGGAUCUACUUCUUCACAACUUCAUAACAUCUUUGGUAGCGAUGGAAGCACAACAUUACAGGUCAAAUUUGAGCCAAAAGAAAAUGAAAACGAAGGGUUAAUUUUGGCAUAUUUAAAGGAAGAUUCUGUUAGUAUUUACUUAAAUGAUACAAUUCAUGUCCAAUGGGGAGAACAAAUAAUUGAUAUUGGCUAUGUCCCUCUUGCCAAUGAAUGGAACACCGUUUCAUUAGCAUUCAAUAACAAAACAAAUGAUUUGAAAAUAUACGUAAAUAAUGAUGAUGGAAUUCAGACUAUGACAGAAGUCAAGGUUGAGUCAAAUGCACUAGAUACAGGUGGAAUUAUGAAAAUGGGAAAAUGGGAUGACAGUUCGGCUCCAGUUGAUUUUGGAACUUAUACAGGAAACAUAGGAGAGGUUAAAACAUGGAAUAGAACAUUGGAAAUGUUUGAAGUGCUCUAUACAGCAGAUAACAGAGUAACUAAUGAAUUUCCUGAACUGACAACAAACUGGGUGUUCUCAGAAGGGUCAGGAUCAGAUGCAGUAGACGUAGUCAGUGGAAAUAGAAUUGCUUUACCUGAAGAAGGUGUGUAUUGGACCCAAUCUGAUAUGGUUGUAAAUGGUGAUGUACAAGAAGUUCCAGUCGAUGAAACAUUAAAAGAAAAUGCUAAGGAAAAAUGUAAAAGUUUAUUUUUCGACUCACAUCUAGCAACAACAUGUUCUGCUAUGGGUGAUGGAAUAGCUAAUUAUUACUAUGAUUCAUGUGUGGAUGAUAUCAUGUUCAAAUCAGAUCAACAAUCAUUUACAAAUAGUAUUUACUCAUUUGCCGAGUACUGCCAAACAGUCGUUGAACCAGCUACUCACCCACUGGCAGAACUAUGUGAUGAUAAAACAAGUCAGUACUAUUCAGAAGUCUGUAUAUACCAAUGUAAAUUUGGAAAACCAUACAAUAAUGAGUGUGCCUGCUUUGAAGGAUACUGGGGAGAGUCAUGUGACCAGGAAUGUGAAGGAGGAUUGGUUGAUCCUUGUAACAGCCACGGUUAUUGUCAGAAAGACACUGGAACAUGUUAUUGUGAUCCCAAAUUUGAAGUUGGAACUAACUGUGCUACUUGUAUAGGUUCAUGGGUAGGAGAUAACUGUGAUGAAAUUUUACCAAUCAUUCAAAAUAUGACCACAACAACUACUACAGCACCAACAACAACAACAGAGGGAGAAGUUACUACCACAACAUCACUUGGAGGAACAGAAACAGUAGCUAGUGGAGGGACAACAAAAUCUACUACAACAACAGCCACCACCACUGCUGCAGGAAUGUCAACAACUCCCACAGUUCCACCAAUAUCCACAACUCCUGUGACUGUAGCUAAACCUACCACGACAUAUACUGCAUCUGUCUUCGGUCAAGGAAAUAUUCAGACUUUCAACAAUGGUUUCUUCAGCUUCAAAGAACCAGGAGAAUUUUCUUUAAUGAAGUCUGAAGAUGUGUCCACUUCCCCAAAUGUACAGCUACGAAAUGAUUAUUGCUACAAUAGUAAAUCUGUGUGUCCAACAGCAGUGUCAGUGGAUUAUGGUGACAACAAUCUAGUUAUUAGAUCACCUUACACAGAGAAUCAAGAUCCUAUUGUUAUUGUUGAUGGUGAAAUUCUGGACUUUGGUGAGGAAACUGAAAAGAAUGUUGGUGACUUAGUGGUCAGUAGGGAAUCUGAAACCGAAUAUAAAAUCACUCCAACAACAGGAGAAUACUUUGAUGUAUCAAUCAGGACAUCUGAUGAACAACUAAACGUGCAGGUAACAACAGAACCAAGUGUUUGUGAGACCCAGGAUUCUUUGAUUGGUUCAUGUAAUCCUACAGAUACGAUACUUGAUACAGAUCCAGAAAAGUUUAAAGUUCCUGUAUCCGAUAGUUCAUUUGAAGCCUUAUACAACAACAAUGAGUAUGGAGAGACCAGAAAUGUAUCCACAGCCGGGAGCAGUCUGUAUUUCAACAGCUCUGUAGUAAAGACAGGCUUCCUAAAGGAUGUUAUAAGUAAUGAUCAGGAUUUCACUAUGAGUGUUGCCAUCAAACCAGAAAAUAAUGAUGGUGGAGUAAUAGCUACUUAUGACACUAACUCUGAGUUUACAACUUACAUUGAUGAAACAAUCAAACAUAAAAUUGGUGAUCAGAUAUAUGAUACAGAAAUUGAAGUUAAACCUGGUGAAUGGCACGAGAUAUCAACAUCCUACUACAGUGCACCAUCAGAACUGACUACAUAUGUUACAAAACCGGAUGGUACUACAGAUCAGAAAACCUUCUCAUUCCUCGAUACAAAACCAUUUGAGAAUGAUGGCUACAUUGGACUUGGACAUCCUGCCAAUCCUCCUGUGUCAACCACUCCUGAACCAUAUGAACAGUACUACAUUGGAGAAAUGGAUGAAUUGAAAUUAUAUGACAAAGCACUUGAUUUUGAAGAAGUUCAAGAACAAAGUUUUAAACCAAUAGAUAUGGGAAAUUCCCAAGAAACAGCUAACCUUGUAAGCUAUCAUAAAUUUGAUGACCCUAGUCUUACAACUUUGAAAGAUGAGAUGAAUACUAUAAAUAUUCCUGUUAUAGACUAUGGAGUACUCCAUCAACCAAUAAAAUCACAGUUCUCAACAGUUCCAUUUGAACCACCAAUUAUUCCUGCUUUUCAUUCUUUUACUGAUUACUCUGAUCAAAAGGAGGCUGUUGAUAAAUGCAGUAGUCUGAUAACAAACUCUGACCUGGGAACGCAAGCUGGACCAUCUAGUUCUAUGUUGAGUUUCUAUGAAGCUACCUGUAUCAGUGAUGCUGCAGGAGCAGGAAGCCUGGAUGCAGCUCUUCCUGUGAUAACUGGUAUGGCUGACAUGUCUGUUGAACUAGGGUUCUCAGAAGAAUGGCCAGCACAAAGCCUUUGUAAUGAGUUCUCAUCCUCUUUCCCUGGUUACAUUGGUGAUGAUUGCUCUAUUCCAUGUGAUCACCGUAGUUCAGUUGAGGGCUCAUCUUGCAUAUGUGACACAGGAUACUGGGGAACAUCAUGUAGUAAUAUAUGUCCUGGAGGGACAUUAAAUCCAUGCAAUAGUCAUGGGAAAUGUGACACUGCAUUAGGACAAUGUGAAUGUCAGUCCAACUGGGCAGCGCCAAACUGCACUACAUGUAAAGAAGGAUGGUAUGGUAUAGACUGUUCAAUCUCUGUACAACCAAAAGUUCCUGGACAGUCACAAUAUUAUGGUGGAAUAACUGGUAACGGACAUGUCUCUACCCUCGAUGGAGCUGGAUUUAAUUUUCAAGGGCAUGGAAUCUACUCAGGAUACAAUAAUCCAUCAUUAGGAAUAGAUGUUCAGAUUCAGACAGGAGCAACAGAAAACUUUAAUACAGCUGUAACAGGAAUAGCAGUACAAACACCAAGCGAUACUGUUACCUUCAGUCCUGUCAACGAUGGAACAGUUUUUGUCAAUGGAGAAGAGAAAGUGCUGGGAACCAGUUUCAGUCUUUCUAGCGGCUACUCUAUUACACCUAUGGAUUCAGAUGUAUACAAGAUGCAACAUUCUUCCAAUGGGUUUGAAAUGACGGUUACAGCAUCCAAUGAUUACAUGAAUGUGGAUAUGUCUACACCUCAAUCAGGGUGUUCAGGCUCAAGUGGUUUGUUUGGAUCAUGUACCCCUCAAUCCCAUUCCUGUAGUCCCAAUGAUUAUCAAUGUCUUAUAGAGAAACAAGGCUUAGCCCUGUCAUCAACAUCAUACAGUCUACCAACUCAUGCUAUCGACAGCCAUAUUGAUUCAUUUAUGGUUCCGUUUGAGUCCAGUAUAUUUAAAGAUUCUAAUCCUGAGAUAGCCACUUCUGUUGGUGUAUCACUUAAUAACAGCUGGAUAUCUACCAAACCCCUCUCAGAAGAUUAUAUUGGAGAAAAUAUGACUGUAGAAAUGACCAUGAAAAUCCAUGAACUUGAUCAGAAUGGAAAUGGUGGUACAGUAAUGUCGUUUAGUAAAGACAGUACUCUUGGGGUUACUAUUGAAGGUGGUGAGUUUAAUGUACGUGUGGAUGAUGUAUCUCGUCCAACUGGAAUACCUGUACAAACAGACCAAUGGACAACUAUGGCAAUGUCAUACAAUAAUGCUACUGGUGAUGUCCGUUUAAGUUAUGUACAUGACAAUGGUGUAAUGGAUUCCUCAAUGGUAAAUGUUGGACUGAAUCUGAUGCCUGAACGAGGAAGUAUGAUUGCUGGACAGUGGCAGACACCACCGGACCAAAUCAGUCCUCCACCACCAGGAGUUUUCAUUGGAGAUAUAGAUAGAAUGCUGCUGUUUGACACAACAUUGGACCCUGCUGAUAUAAUGCUACAUUCUCAGAUACCAAUAAAUGGACCACAAGAUGGGUUGACAAUGGGCUUUAAUUUUGGACCAGGAGAAGGAACAGUCAUUCCUGAUUUUGUCACAGGCCAUGACAUGAGUAUGUCGCCAGAUGGGGCAAGCUGGGUUCCUACUGCACCGCCAUACAUGCAGAUGAAUGCACCUACUACAGAAAUGGGAUUUGACCAGUUUGGAGCCAUUGAUGAAAUGGUAAAAGAAAUGUGUACUGAAUUAAUGAGUGGAAGUGCACUUGCUCAGACUUGUGGAGAUUUACCAGAAGGGAAAGCUUUCUUUGAAAUGGCAUGUAUGGAUGAUGUGAAAGUCUCUGAUAAAGCUGACUUCAGUAUGGAUAGCAUGAUGGCAUUUGGUGGGGCAUGUGAUACACUAAUGGGCCCUCCUGAACCUCCAACUCAAAGUAUGUGUAAUGAUUUCCCAAACAGGGAUUUCCCAGUGUGGAAUGGAGAUGAUUGUAAUCAGCAGUGUAUGCAAGGAAACUGGGACCCAGCAACAGAUCAAUGUACAUGUUAUCAAGGAUUUUCUGGACCAACUUGUUCCAAUGAGUGUCCAGGGGGAAUAUCCAGUCCAUGUAGUUUCCAUGGUGAUUGUAACAGUGAGACCAAUACAUGUAUUUGUGAGAGUAAUUGGCAAGGAUCCUCUGACUGCAGCACCUGUACACCUGGGUACUAUGGACAGUUCUGCGAGCACAGAAUACCCGAUAUUCCGCAAGAUUCACCAAUGGCUUGUAUGGCAGAGAUGCAAGGAAAAUUCACCAACUUUACUGGAUUUGGUUUACAGACAUUUAAGACAGGAACAUAUGUCAUGUUCCACACCAAUAAUUUCCAUCUAGAGGCUAGACAAGUAUCAUGCAUGUUUGGUACUGUAUUGACAGCAUGUAUAGAUUCUGUGUCACUGAAGAUACAGAACACAGCUUACAUAUAUACCUCUGACAAUGAUAUGUUCUACAUCAAUGAUCUAGAGACAAUGGUUGGUAAUCGGGAGACAAACUUUCCUUUAGAAGGAGGCGGAUGUUCAUUAUCAAUAAUCAGACCAGAUAAUAGAACAAUGAAAAUUGAUGUCCUCAAUCUGGGUCUUACCCUCACUAUGAAACGCCAUCUUAGUCUGACAAGAUAUUUAUCAACAGUUACAGUAGGGCUAAAGAGCAGUCACUGUUGUAGUUCACCGCCAACGAGUGGUGUGUGUGGUGGCUGCACUGGGUGUACUGGAAUGGAGAAUUACAUUGCAUGUGGAUUAUCUGACACAGUCUCACCACCUAUUGAUGUGACAGUUGACCAUAUGAUUCCAGAUGAUGCUAGUCAGCUUGUGGCUAAUGAUAUUGACUUGACAACUGUGAAUGGACUUGGACCUGGUAAUGCAGCCUGUUUUGAAAAUGCAACAAUGAUAUCAGAAAGGUCGGACGUCUUUACUGCUGAUAGUAAUGAUCCUGUUACUAUUGAAUUCUAUAUAAAAACUUGUCUCACUUACGAAUGUCUCGGAACUAUAUUAUCAUACACUAGCAUCAAAACAUUUACCAUUCGCAACUAUUACGGCAAGAUAAAAAUAACUUUUGGUGAUUUUGAACAUCAGACCAACCUUCAGCUAUUAGACAAUGAAUACACACAGGUGGCUAUAGUAUUUGAUGGGAUAGACUACUUGACUGUUUAUGUUGAUGAUUGUAAUGGGAACUUGGUAAGAGAAUUUAUAACACUGCCCCAGUAUGGUGUUCACCCAUUUAGUGGCAAAGGAAACUUGGUACUAGGAAAAUGGUUACCUUCACCAGAUGGCUCAGGCAUUCAACCUCUUGAUGAGAAAUUCCAAAAAAGUUGUAUAGAUGUUCUAAGGAUAUGGAAAAGAUACUUUGUUGAGCUAGAGGUAAUGAGUCACUGUAACCGUCUCUACAGCUCUGAUGAUGAAAACCUAGUAAAACUGUUUAACUUUGAUGAUAUGACAGCAGAUGGUUACGCAGAAGAUGACAUCUCCCGCGGUGGAUUAAGAGCACCAGUUUCACCUUUCCCUGCUCCAACAUCAACUCAGUCGGCAGCUCCAAUGCCAUUCAACCUUGCAACAGUAACUAUAUCUGGAGUAUUCUCAAAAAGGAGAAGGAAACGUCAGAUUAUAGUCGACAGUAGUAGUAUUUGUUCUAGCAUCUUCGAUGGCAGCUCAUUUGCCAGUGCAUGUACCGAUGCAGGAGAUAGUAUCCACCAAAAAUACUACUAUGACUGUAAAGCUGCAGUGGAUAAGUACAGCCUGGUAGACAGUGUCAUCAGCUACUCAGACUAUUGUCAGGUCAUCUUAGAACUAGACACCUGGCCAGCUCAGUUGUUAUGUACUGAAAUGUCAAAUAACAAUGUCUUCUUCCUAUUGUUCACUGAUUACUGUGAUCCAGCAUGCUAUUUUGGUUCUAAACAAGGAGGAAGCAAAUGCAUCUGUAACAGUGGUUACUGGAACACGUCAUGUGAUUCUAUUUGUCCAGGAGGAACAACUAAUCCAUGUUCAGGAUAUGGGUCAUGUGACUCAAAGACUGGAAUGUGUGCUUGUCCAUCAAAUAGACAAGGAUCAGAUGAUUGCUCCACAUGUUCAAGUGGUUGGAUAGGAACAGAUUGUGAUAUUGCUGUCAGUGAUGUAGUAGAAGGAAUCAAAGUAAUUGGUAUAGCUGGUCAGCUUGGCCACAUGACAAACUUAGAUGGCCUGAGCUUCAUUAUCAGAGAUUCCGCAGAGUAUACACUGAUUACGUUAAGUGAUGUUCUCAUGAUAGAAGGGAAACUAGUUAGUUGUCAUCAGAAUUACACCUGUUUCACAUUUAUGACGUUUAGAAUUGGAGAUUCUGCAAUGGGAUAUGCCAAAUUAACAAUUCAAGCAUCUAAACAAGACAACAAUAAAUCAAUAGUCUAUCUUGAAGAUCAGGCAAAUAGUCUUGAUAGUACACUCUACUUUAAGGGCUUCAAGGCUGAACGACUCAACUCUGAUGAAAUAAAGAUAACAAUUGGUGUAAAUGUUGAACUUUUGAUAAGACAACAAGGUCAGUACUUGACAUUGGAGGUACAAUUGAGAGUUGACCUUUUGAACCUUACUAGUGGUCUUCUUGGUGGAUCUAGCCAAACAAAUGCCACAUUGAAACUGGAAGAGCUAACAUACAGGAACAUAUAUUCACCAAGUGUUUGUACAUACUCUGGUACAAUACAGUCUGCAUCACCAUCAGAAGUGACUGGUUAUGCCUUGACAUUUACUGAAGUCAACAUAGAAACUAACUUGACCACAACUGCCCUUCAAUUCAGUCGUUUUGAAGUAAAAGAAUGUGACAGAUUCAUAUAUUAUCCAACACUGGCAGAUGAGAAGCAGAACGUUGGUGGAUUCAGUUUGAAUUUUGUUUCAACGGUGGUAUCAAUUAACAUUGACCUUUACACUGAUGUUGGACCAAACAUCACCUUUGACUUCCUUGUCAAAAUAGCAAAUAACAGUGGAAAUGCAGGCGUCCUGUUUUCCUUCAGUAAUAAAAACCUGUUUAUGUUACAAAGUGCAGAAUCUUUAGAAGUGACCUACAAUAAUAUAACAUUUGCAACCAAUUUGACAUUAGAAAUUGAUGAGUGGAACAAGGUAGUUGUUAUGUACUAUGGUGAACUUGGUGACCUUGACAUAUAUGUUUUCAAUAGCACUGGAUAUAUUCAGAGGAGAAGUGUGACUUUGUCAACUGGCAUCUUCAGUAAUCCUGGAACCUUUUCUCUGGGUCACUGGCAACCACCUUCCAGUGGGAAGCCAAUGACAGCUCCAACAGCACUUCAAGGUCAAUUAGAUAACUUCUUAAUUUGGAAAAUACCAGUAGAACCCAACAUUAUAGUUGAUAUUUACCAACUUAAUCCUCUUGAUAUACAACAAAUACUUUAUGCAGCUUGGCUUUUUGAUGAUGGUCAAGGUGAACAGACAUCAGACUUUAUACAAAGUUUAACCAUUGACCUGCCUAGCAACCCAUGGGUUCAGCCAUCAUGGACACCUUCAGAUCUGGUGUAUGACAAGUAUACUGAACCAGAAGUCACUUAUGUUUUCUUUAACAGCACUGCAGAGAAAGAAAUGGCAGAUCAAGUUUGUAAAAAGAUAAGAAACGACACAUACAGCGAGUGUUCCAAUGUACCUACAUCUACCAAAGAUAUUCUCUACACUGAAUGCAUGCAAGUGUAUAGCACCACAAAUGAUCUAGCAUCAGUCAACAACGUUAUCCUGGGUUAUGGAAAAGUUUGUGAAUUAUUGUUAAAUUUGCCAGAAUCUCCAGUACUAACACCGCUCUGUAAUAGUCUAGAAAUAACCAUCAGAGAAAAUAGUGGAUGUCCUAAAACAUGUGUGUUUGGAGAACAACUUUCAAAUGGUACAUGCAUUUGCACGUAUGGAUAUUAUGGAGAAAAUUGUUCCAAUGUGUGUCCAGGAGGUUCUGAUACUCCUUGUAGUAAUCAUGGGCAGUGUGACGACAAUGGAGGUUGUACAUGUGAUUGGAAUUGGGAUGGAGCAUUGAAUUGUGGGACAUGUACUGCCGGCAUGACUGGUCCAGAUUGUGAUGUUCUAUACUCAGGAAGCUCGCUUGGAACUAAAGCUUAUGUAACAAGUCAAGGAAACUACAUGGGAUUCAAUGGAUAUCAGAUCAGCUUGGAUGAACUGACUGGGACAUACUUUGCUAUUCUAAAUCAAGAUAAAGGUUUUGCUGUUGAGACUUAUCAAGUGAGUUGUCAAUUUGGAGCAUGUGUUAUUGGCUUAUCUAUUACCACAGGAGACACAAGACUUGUAGUGCUUCCAUCUGGACAAAAAGAUGUUCCACCUACUGUGUAUAGUAACUCGGUGAAGAUUGACUAUGAUACAACAUCAACUCUAUCAGCUUCAGUUGACUUGGAAAUGGACUCUUAUGCGAAACUGAAAUUUACUGUAAAGACCCCAGAAACAAAUGUCAUUACAAUUAAAGCACAUGAGCAAUGGAUAGACUUUGCAUUAGACAUUAAUUCAGCUGUAAUAGCAGAUUCAGAAGGAAUACUUCCAGAAACAAGUUCAAUGGAAUCAAUGUCGCAUUCAGAACUAAUGAAAUACCUUGAAAAGAAAUAUAGAUCAGAAGGUGGUACUAUGGUAGACACACUAUCAACAGUCUAUGGCAUAGAUGUGAAUGAAAAUGCAGGCUUUGCCCUGUCAUUCAAUAAAACAGCUGCUCAGUCGGAAAAAUUGAAGUAUAACAGUAAUACCACUCUUAACAGUGAAGAUUUCAGUCUUGGUAUUUUUUUCAAACCAACCGAAGAAGGUGGAGUUAUCCUGUCCAAUAGUAAAGACGACCAAACAUUCUCCAUAUAUAAUACUGACCCAAUGAUACUAGAACAUGGGACGGACAUAAUUACAACAUCUAUAAGUCCACAGCUUAAUGAAUGGAAUCAGUUCAUUAUGACAAUGGAUGGCAAAAAUAACCAAAUGCAUUUAUACCAUUAUGGACCAAAUGCCAGCAUGACAUAUCAAAUCAUAGAUGACUUCAUUCCAGAUCUUUUCUCUGAAGGUGGAAAAGUUGCUUUAGCAGAAUGGAUUCCUUCAUCGAAAUCACCAGCACACACUUUCACUGAUGAUGAGAAAUUUGUUGGCGAGAUUGAAGAAAUAUCAGUUUGGAAAGAUCCCAUACCAUCUCACUUGAUAACACAAGCAGACAGUUUAAAUGUGAAAGGAGCUGGGUUCCUAAAGAAUGUAUCAACAUUGUGGUCUUUCUCAGAAGGAUUUGGUAGCAUGGCAUCAGACGAUGUUUUAAGUAAUGACUUGCAACUUCCUAGCUUCCCUUGGCAAACACCUGAAUGGGUAGCUUCUGAUCUUGAUUUACAAAAUAUCAAUGCAGAUGCUGAGAACACCAUCGAGAUGAAAGAAGAUAUUAAGUUAGCAUGUAACGAGUUCUUUGAUUCAGCUGCUAUAAGUUCAGCAUGUGCAGGAGUUUCCCAAUCUAGUAAGAACUGGUUUAAACAACAAUGUAUUAUUCUUGGCAGUACAUCUUCAGACGUAGAAGACAGCAUGGUAACAAUGACUAGUUUCAUUUCAGCAUGUGAAGCGCAAGGUGGCACUCCCACUAGUUUAUAUUCUGAAAUGUGCAAACAGAAUGGCACAGUUCCAUUCUGGGUAACUCAGGAGUGUAACAACUGUGGAUUUGGUUAUAUGGGAACAGACGGGGCUUGUCUCUGUUAUUACGGAUAUUGGGGACCAAAUUGUGACGAACUUUGUCCCAAUGGAAAUGCAGAGCCAUGCAAUAAUCACGGAACUUGUGAUACAGGGGGAAAGUGUCAUUGUGAAGGACACUGGACCGGACCUACUUGUGAUAGUUGUGGAACAGGAUGGGAAGGUGAUGAAUGUGUUGUUCUACCAACAGGACAACCAGCAGGUCAAUCAAAUUUAAUAGCUCAUAUCAAUAAUUUUGGACAAAUGGUAACCUUUGAUGGGUAUUUAGUUGAUUUAACAGCACAAAAUGUAUACAAGCUUUUUGGACAUUCGGGAGUACAAGAAUCGGUUUAUGCUCACAUGUCUGUAUGUAAUGAUACAAAGAAGACACAUUACUGUUUGAAUGACAUAAUGUUUGAAGCCGGUGGAGUUAUUUACUAUAUCCGUGCAUCCAAUAGCUUUGGAGAAUCAAAAGUAAAGGUUUUUACAAGUACGGGCGAAACUGAAAUAUUUGAAAAGACAACCAUAGGCAAUGUUCAGCUAUCUAUUUCACAAAAUAAUUUUUUGACAAUAAAUAUGACUGAUAUCAAUUUACAGCUUGAUAUAAUGUCCAUUGAAAAUGGCUUAAUUGCCACCAUGUCAUAUCCAAAUGAAAAAUUUGAUUCAGAAACAAACUUGAUUGAAGGUCUCGUAGCGUCUUGUGACACAAAGACAGCUCUUCAACUUGCAGAUUGUGAGAGUGCUACUAGAGGAGACAUUUGCAAUAAAAUAAUUAAUUCUACAACUGCUGGAUCAUGUGUCAAAGACGUAUCAUAUGAGGCAAUUGAUUCCUUCCUAGAAAACAACGCAGUCAACAACACUGAAAUUAACACCAUUUUAGAAAGAGAAUAUGUUAUAACCGGACCUUCAUGUCUUCGGUUCAGCGGAACAAAUGGCAUUUUUGCAGAUGACUUUGAACUGCCAGACACAUCAGAAUAUAGUGUUGAAUUCAAUGUUAAACCUUCUGCUGUGAACGGACCAAUGCUAACGUAUCAUACAGACAAUGGUGAUUUUAUAACAUUUGUCAAUUUCCGUAGUGGUCUUGCCAUUAUUGAAAAUGACAACUCUUACCAAACUGGAAUAAACUUGGAUGUUGAUAAAUGGAACCAAGUUAAUCUUGCUGUGGAUAAAGAAAAUGGUGUACUUGGAGUAUAUGUUACAAAGGAUUCUGGCGAAAUAUCUGUGAAAGAACUAGAAAUGAAUGUUGGUGCUUUUACGAGUGGGGGCACGUUAACAGUAGGUCAAAUUGGAAAAGGAGUUACUACCCUAGCACCAAUAGGUCAGUUUAAUGGCUAUAUUGAUGAGUUAAGAAUAUGGACACGUCCACAAAACCCAUCUAUCAUAAAAAAUAAUUGGAGGAAAGAUGUUUCGGAGAAAACACCAGAUUUGUUUGCAGCAUGGUCAUUUAGUGAAGGAACUGGGUAUUUGUCUUCAGACAUUAAAAAUCAGAAUAUGUAUCCAGUAGACCUGGAUAAUCCACCGACAUGGGCAUCGUCAGAUGAUUUAGAACUUUCUCAAGGUAUUGAAUUAAACCUGCCUCAGUUAACUACAGCAGAACCCUACAGCCUUACUACAAGCUCGGACAAAUGUACUGGAUUGUUUGAAGAUAGCAGAUUCACAACUCAGUGUUCAGGAUUAGAAAAUUUCAUUGAAACAAUGCUGGACCAAUGCUCAUCUCUAGUUAAGACAUCAGGGAAUGAGGAUUUAGCAGAGGUAUUACUUCUCAGUACUGCCGAAUAUUGCAAGAAUGCAAAUUCUCUUACAGAAUCGCCAGCAAAUGCUGUCUGCGACAAAAUUAUAACAUAUAAUAGUUAUCUUUCAAAACAUGGUACAUCGUGCAACCAAGAAUGUCAAUUUGGAACUUUUGAUUCUGGCUCUGGCCAGUGUGAAUGUGAUUCAGCACAUUGGGGAACAUCUUGUGCUGCAACAUGUUCAUUGGGAACAGACGGAAGUUGUAACUCACAUGGAGCAUGUAAUGGUACAACAGGAGGGUGUAAUUGUGAUGCACACUGGCUUGGUAGUACAAUGAGUACCACAAAUUACUGGAAGACAUAUGCAACUAAUGCAGAAGUUGUUAUGACAGAUUCAAAUUUCAACUGCUCUGAAUGUACAACAGGGAUGUAUGGAUCAGACUGUAAAUUUGCUGUUCAAGCACCAAAAUCAUCACAAACUUAUGCAGUAGGCUUUCUAAUGGGAUCCUAUAUAACAACUCUUGAUGGAGUAUCAUAUAAGCUAAUAACACCAGGCACUUACACUGCAUAUUCAGCUGGAGGAGUAUCAGUUCAGGGGGUAUUCUGGCCUUGUAAUAAUGAUAUCAGCUGCAGAGAAAUUAAAGAAAUAUCUGUUAGCAGUGGUGGACAAACUGUAAGCAUACUUAAAGGAACACUUGGGAUGGAGGCCGUACAUGUGGGAGGAUCUACAACACUUGAGUAUCCUGUGAUAACAACAGUAUCUAACAUUGAAGUCAAAUGGAAUACAUCAGACUAUAUCAGGCUAACAUCCGGGGGAUUCUCUGUCCUGGUUUCUGACAGUAAUAUUGGAUUAAUUUGUCGUUUUAGAGUACAAUCCAGUAGUGCUAAGUCAGCAACUGGAUUAUUAGGAAAUACAGAUACAACAUGGUAUAAUGACUUAAUAUCACCUGAUGAUUCAUCAAACAUGGCUUUUGUAGAAAGUAAGUUGUCUACCUCGUACAUAGGAGGGUGGACUAAGUCAAAACUAGGAACAUCACUCGGGUCUGUCCACACAUAUUAUGAUAGUAGACUGAAAGAUCUCUCAACAUCAGGUUAUAUGCUUCAUCUAACAACUCAGACUGUAUCUUUUAAUGAUGUGUAUACUAAUUCAUUAGAUGCAUUCACUAUUAGUUUCUGGUCCAGAAUAGAUAGCAGUAGCAAAAACAUUACUCAACCUAUAAUAUCAUAUGAAAUAGGUUUACAGAAUUUGACAGUAAGAAUAAAAGAUGGUCUUUUACAGGUUGAUUUUGGAAUGACCUUAACAACAAAUAUUGCAUUUGAAUUAGAAGUUUGGAACUACAUUACUGUAACGUGGGAUUCAGCAAGUGGGCAAUUUAUGGUUUACAGAAUUGCAAAUAAUGGGGAAGACUUCAAAUACAAAUCAUUUUCAAAUAUUCUGACAUCGAGUACCAUGGGACAAAUAAACAACAUAAACAUUUAUGGAAGCUCUAGCAAUCCAUUAGAUAUUGAUAUGUUACGUAUGUGGAGCACAGUUAGAUCCUUUGAUUCGGUUCUAGCAGAACAAUCAGAAUACACUAAUGACAUAACAUCUGAUGAAAACUUAAUUAUUCUUUCAAAGUUUGAUGAAGGUACAGGAUUGUCUGCUAGCAUUAUUGUGCAGACUGGAUUGGGAACAACAACAGUCCCCGGAACAAUAUCUACAUCCAGUAGCGCAAAAUCUACAGGUUCAAAAGCUGUAGUCAGUGCUGAUGACUUAUGGUCUCCAUCAGAUAUACCAACUGUAUCAACAUUCACCUCCGAAGAUGUAACAACAGAUAACGUAAAUUCUGCAGCAUUAACAGCUUGUAUAAAUGCACUCUCAAAUUCAGAUGUCAAUUCAACCUGUUAUGGAGGUGACAUAUCCAGCCUUUCAAACUUUUUAUUGGAAUCUUGUCUAGCAGACUACUCAACUGUUGGAGUGAAUGGAAGUCAAACAAUUAUAGUCGAAAACCUUAUUUAUUACUGUCAAGCAACUUUUGAUGUGGAUGAAUGUACAUUAUCUCAUUACUUUGACUAUUGUACAGAUGAAGAGGAGGAGGAGGAUGCUGCGGGAUUGAAUAUCAUGAUCAUAGUAGCUGCCAUUGCUGCCAUUAUAAUUCUUAUACUAAUAUCUAUAUGUUGUUGCUGGUGCCAUGGAAAACUGUGCUUUAGAAAGAAGAAAAAGGUUGUAGGUCAUGACUAUGACUCAGAUGAUGAUGAAGAUUGGAGACCCCGUUCUUCCAUGUCCGAUCGCUCAGUAUUAACAGCUACUAAUGUUGAUCUUGAAGACCAGUUGUUUUCUGCCAAUCCUGCAUUUGGUGGUGCAAUGGCUCCAAUGGCAUACAAUUUCAAGGCCAAAUUCCCAGAAAAAACAAAGAAACCUACACUUAAAGCAGGAAAGAUGGAACCAGUGGUCAGUAUGUUCGAUGCAGAGCCAGAUGAGAGUAUACCUCUAAAAACAGACUCCUCCUUAUUUACAAAACCAAAACUUCUAUCCGAUCCUCGACCCCAAUCACCAUUUGUACAACCAGGUGUAAAUUACCAACCAGAUAAUGCAGAAAUCUUCUGUCCAUUUCAACCAGAGACUGAAACACAAUCCUUUUCCUUCAAGAACCGAGGAUUUUCACCCGAUGAAGCUGCGCAGUUUUCAGUCCUAGAUAGCAGAAGGGAAUCAUUAACAUCCAAUAUUACACCAAAGCCAAGUGAAUCAUUUUCAAGAUCUUCUAGUGUUCUAAGUAGUGCAAUGAGUGGCGAUACACAAUUAUUGGUGGAUACCUCAGCAACAAACACUUGUGUAAAGAAAAUGUCAAUUAUAGACAAUCCUCCUGUGAAUACAACCACAUGGCAUGAUAAUAAAACAAGUACCAGUUUAGGAAGUCGAAAGAACACAUUAAGUAAAAUCGAAACUGAAGCAAACUCACGAAAACCUCAACUGCCUAUGGAGUAUAUUCCUGAGAAGGGUGUACAAAGACAAUCAAUAAUGAACACUCAAAAUAUGUCUGACACAGCACCAAAACGAGUAUCUAGACAUGCAAACUCGUUAAGUCCAACAAAGGAUACAACUAAUACUAGUAAACCAUUGCGAUCACGACAUUCAUUUGAUUCAUCAAUGCAUCGAGAAGACAGCUAUGUAAGCAUGUCUUCCAUGGGAAGUCAGCCAUCAAGACCUCCAUCUAGAGUUCAGUCCCCAACUGGAAAUGAACCAGAAGAUGAAUUCAAAUGGUAAACAAGUGUCUAUAAUGAAAGAUGGAACAAAAACAAGGAAUAAAACUAAAAAAAGAUUUGUGAUAUUUUGUGAAAAAGAAUUGUAAUACUAUGCCUACAUCCUUUUAAGUUUAGUAUGUACUGAAUUUACAAUAUUUGCUUUUAAUAUAUUUCUCAUACAGGAAAUUUAAAUUUUUAUUGUGAUGUUUUAAUAUUUACCCAGUUUUAAAAAAUUAACAAUUUUGUAUUCGAAUACAUUAUAAUAAAAUUUAACCUUUCAUAAAUUAAAAAAGCUUUUUUUACUAUUUUAAGAGCACUUUUCUAUGCAAAAUAUAGUUUGACUGUACUCACAGUAUAUAUUGCAGUAAUAAAAAAACAGUAUUUUUGUUUAUUUUCAAUAAUAAUAUAUAUUUGUGCACUGUUGUUAUCAAUGUUUUGGUGGAUUUAUUUUUGUCAGCAGUGAUGUUAUUUUCAUUGUAAAAUUAUGUAAAACUGAGCAUUUUUCUUUGGCUUUUUCCUUUGUGCACCAGAAGUCUUUUUCUUCAUAAGUUUUGUAGUUAACAUCCUAUUUCUAAUAGAUAUAAUAAAAUUAUAACAGAGAAUAAGUAAAAUAAAUUUGUAAACUAGAGUUAAAAUUGAACAUUUUAUUGUAAAGAUUUUAUAACAUUAAACAAACAACAAUCAAUCAAUCAAUGUAAUGAUUUUUGUAUUCAGAUUUCAUCUUUGAUUGAUUUAGUAAUUCAGGUAGCAUCUAAAUUGUAAUAAAUUUAUAAGUCUUAGGUAUUAUGAGGUUAUAAACACUUUCCUUCUGAUGGGUCAGUACAAAAGAUUAAUACGAAAUAGAUAAAAAUUGAACAUAUUUUCUCUUCUGUGUACAUAGUAACUGAAAUGCUCAGAUUAAUUUUUAUACUUGUUUUAAAUAUUUUAUAUAAUUUAGUCAUAAAAUUAAAGUUAAAUAUAAUUUAUCAGAAAACUUAUUAGAAAAAGUGUCUUACAUCCAAAAAAGAAAAGGAUACUUCAAUAUUAAAUAUCCUUUACUAGAAAUAAGCAUUCCCUUUUUAAUCAGAAAUUAGACUUUGUUCACCUUUUUAUAGAUUUUUUAAAAUAUUGUAUAUUUUUGUGUAAACAAGUUUAGAUGCAAAAAGUUGGUACAAUCUUUAUAUUUACUUUGUUGUUAAAACAUAUUUUUGAAUACACAUUAAGUGUCAACUGUCUUCUGUAUUUAUAUUCAAAGUUUGGUAAAAAAAAAAAAUUUGUUAAAACAUAUAUUUUUAUAUAAAUGUUAAGAUAUCUAUUUUUAUUCUACAACUUUAAAUUUACAUGUAUUUUUGUAUGUGUUUAUAUAUCAAUACCUAUAUUGCUCACAUAAUUAUAUUGUUCACACUUUGUUUACCUUAUUGUUACACUUUGUUAUUGUUUCACUAAAAUAUAUUUGGCUUUAAA